CAUCUGCGGACCGCGCGGCGCGUCAACAAAACAACUCGGUCCGCUUCGAUGUAUAUACGCGUAACCGGCGGUCGUUAGUGCUGUUUUUUUUUUAACUGAUAUAUUUAUAUAUUUAAGUUCAUAUAUAUAUAGAUAUAGUCAUAUAUAUUAUAUAAAUAUAUACAGCCGAGUGUUUUAAAUACCGAUCUUCCGUCGUAGUCUUUUAAUUUUUUUUUUUUAACCAUUUUAAAAUAUCCGGUACAUUUUUCUAUGGUGUACCCGGUCGUGUAGUACGCUUGAAAUAAAAUUAAUAUUAUAAUUAUUUGGUUUUUUUUUUGAAUUAAAAAUUCAACGGUCGCCGGUCAAACAGUAGAGUUAUAGGUUUCCAAUGAUUACCAUGAAUAACCAUUCAAACGAUAUUGACUACAGUAACGGAUACAUGGAACCUGAAGAGGAAUGGGAACGCGAAGGGCUGUUGGACCCUGCGUGGGAGAAACAACAAAAAAAGGUAAGCGUUUACCUAUUUUGUAAAAUUUUGAAUAAAAGAUAUAGUCUAGACAGAGUAUUGGAUUGAGUCAUUUGUUUAGCCACGAUCGAACGAUCAGUCAAGUUAUUUUUGGUAAAACGGGUAACUAAAUUUCUCACAGUAUCGGUAAUUAUUAUUCAUAUUGACCAUUGUAGAUAAAAUUAUAAUUCCUUAUGAAUUGGUUGUGUAGAUUUUAUAAGUAGGUGGCCAAAGUGUUUUUCCGAACAACUUAAUAUGGCCACAAUAAGACGAUUGUACUACCUACCUGUCACUUAUACGAUAAAAAUAAUAUAUAAUUUCUGUGUCUUCAAAUAUCAACCACUCAAUAUAUUAAUUUAACCUCUAUAUCUAAGAGUAAUUUUAGUCAUUGUAUAAUAUUAUUUUGUAAUUUACUUGUUGAUUUACAAUAAUAGAAUUUUACAUUAAAAAUACAAAAAUAAUAGAAUUAUUAUUGUAAGGGUAUUCACAAAUAUUCGUCAACUCUUAGUGAUUGGACUUGUUUAGGUACUCGAGUAUAAUUAUGAACUCAACUAAUGGAAUAACUAUCAGGAACAUACAUUUUUCAUUAUAGUAUUGGCCAAUUUUCAAUUUUCUAAUGUAAAUGAUGAAUUCAAUUAAUCUAGUAUGUUUGUUGUUUAUGUAUAAAUCCCGGUAUACAAUCCCGGAUUUUUAAUACUCAUUUUGAAUUGGUAUAUUGGUAUUAUUACUGUGUAUAUUUGGAAUCAGGCUGUACCCACCUAUUGAAAGAUGAAAGAUUACCUUAUUUUUGAUUAAUUUAUUUUACUGUAUUUAAAAUAUUGACUUUGGAUUCAAAUAAAAUUGUGGUAUCUAAGAGUAGUAUAUUUACUAUUAAUAAUAAUAACAAUUUUAAAAUAUAUUUUUUAUUGUUACUUGUCAUUAGUUAUUGUAGACUUGGCUCACCAAAGUUGUAAACCUACACACAUCACCUAUAUUUAGUUUUGAAAUUUUGGCAGCUUUUCCAGAAUUAAAUGGACCUAAAGCUCUUUUCAACAUAACCAUUUUUAAUAAUUUCUAACCAAAUAUUUUAAUUAUUCUGUCAAUGUGAAUUUAAUUUUCAAUAGGUACUUAGUAGACGACUUCAAGAGUUGUUUUAAAUAGAUAUAAGUAACAUGUUUGUUAAUAGUUAAUAUUCUAUUUUUCACGUUUGUAGGCUCAUGGCAUUUUUUUGUCAUUCUUUAUUUCCAAUGUGGGUUAGUAAGGUGUUACAGAGUUUACAUCUAUUUAAACUUUAAAUUUGAAAUUAGAUUUAAAUAAAUACCCUCUUAAAUAGGUACCCAUCUACUUUUCUGUUUCACUUAUAAUAUUUUUAGUUACUUAGAUAAUUUGACUACCUAUAGAAAGAAAAAAACUACCUGUACAGUAGUCAUUUAAGUAUUUUAAAAUUAUAGUAAUUUUAUUGGCACCUCAUAUUAUAAAAAAUAUCCCACCAACUUUCGACUUUUGUUUAGUUCAAUAUUAAACAAUUUUUGUUUUUAUAAGAAUUACUAUAUCCUUGCACUAAGAAUUCUCUCUAUAUAUUUUUAAACCGAAUUUGAAAUAUUUAAAUUAUUAAAAUUGUUUACAAAAUCUAAUAUAGCCAUUUGAUAAAUUUAUUUUCAAACAAAAUUGUUGGUGCUAUAAAUAUUUACUAAUGAUGAAUUGUUAAGUUUUUACAACUUAUUGAAGUUUUUGCAAAAAUCAUUGAUACAAUUUUUUUAUUUUUAGUUUAAAAACAAUAUAUACAAGUAUAUAUAAUAAAAUAAUUAUAGUACAAGGCUUAGUAAUUAUUAAACAUACAAUUAAUACAUAUUGAACACAACUAAAGUUAUUGUAUUUGGCGAAUCUUUGUGGGUCACCUUGUGUACCCAAUUAAAAGUAACCGCAUAGUCCUGUAAAAACAGAUGUAAAAUAGUACUUAUAUUUUAAUUUUCAAAAUUAAUUAAAAUUAUUGUUUAAUGGGUUAUUUAAAAACUAUAUGUUUGAUACCACUUAUCUACUGGUUUCUUUUCAUUUUUUUAUUUAAUAAUUAUUUUAUUUAAGAUUCCACAGUCACACUGGUGUGAUGUAUCUGUGUUACUACCUAUAUUUUAGUCCCUAGUCAAGUUUAACAGAUUGAAUAUAGUGCCAACUGAACUGUGACUGAUCUCCUAAUGUUUUUUCAAGCGUACAAUCGAGGCCACUACAAUGGUCAGUACGAUCUUCAUGGUGUUAAUCUCUGAUAUGAUUUUUUUCUACUAAGAAUACAUAUCUACACUUGGUACCUAUCUUUCGCCUAUGUUGAUAGAUUAUAUACUUAAACACAAAUCUAUUCAUUGUUAAACAUUAGGUAGGUACAUAUGAUAUUUGGUAAACCAGAACACUAGGUCAGUUCAUUCAUAUCAUAAAUAUUAUUGUAUUCAUCAUACCAGUAUUAGGUUUUCCAUCAGGUCAACAUAUUUACAGCUAUUUAGUAUUUCUAUAGUCUCUCGUGAUAAAAAUGGACUUUAUUUUGGACAGUAAUUGGCCUAAUGAUAUAAAAGCGAGCAUAAAAGGUUAUCCAAAAUGCAGUUAAUAAAUUAACCGCAUAGAGAUUAAGUAGAUUUUUUUUUCAAUGUACCUUGUAGGAUAAGUACCUAUUAUUAAUUAACAAAUAACAUAAUUUGUUUGACCUAUGAUAAACUUGUUGAUAGAGAUUCACAAAAUUGUUAGUUAUCGAUUGAAUAUAUAAUAAACAUUUGGUAAUCAAAUCAUAACCAUCAUAUUAAAAAUGACCUAGUGCCUUCAAAAUGUUUUUUUUGUCCUGUACUCAUUUAAAGUAUAUUUAUAUACUGUUUAUAUAAUAUGUAUUAGAAUGUGUUCUUCCAAGUAGGAAAUAUUUUAUAUUUAAAUUUAAAUAGCCACUACCUACAGGAAUGUGAGAUACAGGUGUCAUUUUCUUUCUUUCUAGGUAGGUAUGUACAUUGAAAUCAACGAUUAAUUAUUGUAUUGGGAAAAUGAUAAUUGAUAAUUUAACCGUCUUUGGUGUAUAUUCUCAGUGUAAUUUUUAAACAAUUAAAAUGGGUAUUUAUUCAGUGUGUUGGAUGAUGCUUUUCUCGAACUCUUUGAACCGAACAUUUUGUUCACAAUAAUAAAAAAUUAGCGCACAUCAUUAAAUUUAUUAUAAUAUAGUGGCCUCGCUUUAUUCAAAAUCUGAAAUUAACGAAGUAUUUGUCACAUUCUUAUUGAAAAUUAUUUUUCUAGAAUUUUAGUAAUUAAUGGUCAAUCCUGUUAUCAAAAUUUAAUUUUGUAAAAGCAAAAUGCUAUCACGCAGUACAAUAUUUUAACUAAUGAAAUUAAUUUUUCAUUAGGUUAGGUUAAUUAUUAAUUAUUUUAUUUUAAAAAUAAUAUUUUUUUACGCUUCUUCUUUACAGUAGUUAUAAAAAAAAUUAAAAAAAAAAAAAAAACACGAUGACACGUCGGUUUUAUUUUCCUUGUUUUCUGGUUGUGCUCGACAUCGUUAUUUGUGUGUAAUGAUUUAUCGUUGCUUUCACCUAUAUUUAUGUAAACUAAAUUACCCCAUAUAGUUUCCCAACUUUACAAGAGUUUUCAAUCCAUGGUAUGUCCGGCUUUUUAAAUUUAUAUUCUGUUGUCCAUAUAUUGACACUAGACGAUAGUCAAUCAUUAACCAAUCGAAAAUUGUUUUAUAUAAAACGUAGUAAAAUUAUAAUAUUUAUUGCUUUAUUUUAUUUCUCAUCGCAAAUCGGACUUGUUUAAACGUUUUAUAAAUCGUAUAAAUAGGAAAUUACGAGUAAUACAAUAAUUAGGUACUCGUAUUACUAAUUUUCAAAACAUAAUAAAAUUUAAUUAUUGGUGUCUCCGACAUUUCGGGUUUUUUUGCACUGUUAUAAAAAAAAAAAAAGCACUUAAUAGUAUUAUGUAAAAUUAACAGCAAUUAUUUUGUAAUUAUUUAAAAAAAAUGUUUGGUAUUUUUUUUAAAUUUGGGCGAUUAAUAUUAUUAUUGUACAGUUUAAAUAUUCACUAUUAUUAUUAUUUGUUUUUAAAAACUUUUCCUAGAUUUAGACAUGUUUGAUUCAUUUGUCCGUUUUACAAUCAAUUAAUUACGUAUUUCAUAGAGACCACAGAGGUUUGUCGUCGGUAUUAUUUAAAUAAAUUAUCAGUCUAAUGACUUAUAUAAUAUACAUUUUAUUGUAUGAAUUGGUUAUUAUUAUACUUAGGUUGGUAUCAAUAUUCUUACCAAGUAUUUCGUGACCUAAUGGUUUUUUUUUAUUAUUAUUAUUAUUAAGAAAGCUUCAAAACAAAGAACAAGCCUGUUUUCUAUUUUUCAUAUAUAUAUAUAUAUAUAUAUAUAUAUAUUUGGAUUCUCUUAUCAUUUUUUCACGUGCAAGGCUGAUCCUCUGGCAAUCAGUAUAUUACAGCUCGUAUAUUUUUCGACUUUCUCGUUCGUAAUUUUUCAGUUAAUUGGCAGAUUUUUGUCGUUUUUUUAACGCACCUAUAUAUUAUGUGUACAAUUAAAAAAAAAAAAAAUAAUAAUAUAAUAACUACUAUUAUUGUCAAUAAUCAUUUGUGCGUUUAUACAAAUAUGUAUGUAUGUAGAUACCUGUGAUGUGUGUAUGUAACGGAUCGUGGGAAACGUAUAUGUUUAAUUCGUCGUUUUUCGGGAAUGGUAUUUCAUAUUUUUUGUUUUAUAAAACACGUACCUAUCUGUCUCUGUUAGAUUGCGAAGAUAAAAAAAAAAUUAAGGAAAGAAAAAUAAUAAUUUUUAACUGUAAUUGGCAUUUCAUAUUAUAUCGAAAUGAAUUCGAACUUACAAUAAUAAUUAAUUUGAAUAUUGUGGUAUUAGAGGUACUUCGAAACGAUAAAAUAUCCUGAUAAUAAUUCUUAAUUUUGUUAUUUCGUCAGAUAAGUGUGUAUUACGUAUUUUUUACAAUACUGUUCGAGCACAAAUUAAACUAAUCCUCUUGUUUAUUUUUUCAACGACGCGGUGUUAACGUUUUCUUUGUUGUAGCGAAAAGAGUCGUUUUCCAAAUAAUUAAUUGACGAUUUUGACAGAUACGAAUUUGUGCACGUCAGUCGGUAAUUAAGUCUCGCGGUAUACUUAUUUAUUAUUCAUAAGUAUAGUAUUUCGUAUGUAUACGAAGAGAAAUGUUAAAAGUAGAAAAAAAAACAACUUUAUUUUGUUAUUAAACUUGUUGUAUAACCUUGGCCUUGUUGUCGUUGUGGUCUUGGUUUGGUGAUACCUAAUUAUUUAUAAAACGUUCUGUACGUUAGGUACAAAAGCUUUUUUGAGAUCAUAUUAUUGUACCUAUUUGAUAAUAAGACGAGCUACGUAAUCAGCUGUCGGUGUACACGCGGAGUAACAUCUGAAUAUAUUAUUAUUAUUACCACUAUAAUAUUAUUAUAAUGGUAUUAUGCGGUCGUUUGAACGUAAUAAUAAAAUACCCUCGUCGGGAUCGAGAACUGUUGUACUGAGCCACUAUAAACCGUGUAAAACAUUAAACCUCUCGACAUCAUGACAUUAUUUCAUACACUAAUACGCGUUUUUCCUUAUCGCCAGAAAGAAAAAGAAUACCUCGUUUUCCCCGUUACACAGUUUCCUCUGCUAUCUAUAUUUAUAGUCAAAAAUCAUAUAAAGCUACCUACUACGAUAGUUAGAAAGCUAACCUAACUAAUCUAACCUCUUUGUCUUGAUCCCACGCAAAUAGGGUUAGCCUCUACAUCGCCGUUUUUUUUAUCUACCUACCAACUCCCCACUCGCCCUCAUAUUUCUUCUAUAAUUACAUUUAGCCCCUCCCCUUUUUUCUUUGGUUUUUGUAUAAUCCAUUUUAUUGACAUCACUUGACUCACUAUUACUACCUUCUUGCCCAUACCGUAUACCAUCUCAAAUUAUUCUCUCUCGGUUCUCCCACUGCGCUUUAGGAGCCUCGGGGAUAUCGGUACUAAAUACUUAUCCAUUGCACACUCAUACCUCACCCUUAUCCAACCAGGUCACACCCGAUUACACUCACUUUAAUCUAUUCCGGUUUGUGCAGCUAUAUUUCAAUAUUUUUAUUUCAUUAAAACUACGGUGACUCCGGGAGAAUACCGUGUCAGACUCCCCAGCUCCUGAUGCGAAAAUACAUGACGGCGAUGACGUUUGCAACGUUUAUUUAUUUUUUUUUUUUCGUUCCCGGUCCAAUAGUUUUAUUCUCGGUUACGGGUCGUGAUACGACGCGCAGCACCCGUAUACACAAGAAACGUCGGGCACGGCGGUCGUAACUGACGACAGACUGUUUUUCUUGCGGUGCUCCCCGAUACUGGAUCCCCUACUCCCUGACGGUGACGACAACGUCAUUUAAUUUACCUAUAUUUUAUUAGACAACAGUGGCGACGGAUCCAUUGAUAAAUAACUAACCGAUCGUUCCGAACGAGCGCCCCUCCCUACCCCGUAGCUUUUGGAUCGUAAAACCGCGGCGGCGGUGGCUGCUGCCUUAUGGUUUAUCGCAAACGAUAUCAUGUUAUGUUGCCGCCGUCGCCGCCGCCUGUACAGUUGCCAAGUGGGAUGACAUUUUGCCGGCGCUUUCCCUCCCGAUUACAAAUAUAGAAACGUCGCCGUCACCCCGACGCACGACGUCAAUGAUCAUAAUAAUAAUCGCGAUUGUAAUAACGAUAAUUAUUAUUAUUGUUGUUGUCGCGACCGUAGUUGUACCGUUGGACGUUCAUUGCUAUAAUAUUAUUGCUACCGUAGUUACCGGGGCGACGGCCGUUCCGCCAAUAAAACAAAUGCAAAUAUAACGGACGAAGAUAAAUUAUUAUUAUUACUAUUAUUAAUAUCCUAUAAUAAUUUGCAAUAAUAAACGGAGUAGACGUACAACUGUAUUCGACCCGUAGGCCACUUCUGUUACGCGCCGAGUAAUGGCCGAGAUUUUCACGUUGAAAAGCUGUAGGUGUGGUGGUUAUAGAUUACGUUUUACGUUUAUACACCGUGUCGUUUUUUCUCCGAUCGUCGUCCGUUAAUUUAUAUUUAUAUGUUUUGUACGUCUUAUGUUGUUUAUUGGUCCCGUAGCGUACGAAAAAUUAUUGAAAAAUGCACAAAAAAAAAAUCCUUUUACCGCAAAAAUACCCUUAAAAACCCAGCCAUGUGUUUUGUACGGAAAUAAACGCGAUCGCGAUGUAACACCUAACCGAUCAAUAUAAUACUAUGAUUUUUUUUGAGUCCGGAUGACGCGUCAUAGGCGUUAAUAAUUAUUAUAACGACAUAAAGACGUUAUCGAUAUCACAAAUAGAACGAUUGACAAUCCGUACGGAAUUAUGGACGGUGACUACUUAAAACCAGUAAAACCUGUUCAGGAAAAUAUCACGAAAAAAAAAAUUUCUUGAGAUAAUAAUUUGAAUUAUCUAAAUUAAAAAAUUUUAUAAUGUAUAAAUAUACACUAAAAACUAGCAAACCGACUGAAACAUGCUAAACGAUGCAAAAUAAAAGUUUCACUUUUGAAGUGUCUACUGCUAUUACGCGAAUUAAAUUGUGUAGUUGGAAAUCAUCGUUUUAAAUAACCCAUAAAAAUGUACUUUGUAUUGAAAUCCUGGCCUUAAUUAAUGAAUGUCUAAGAUAAAUACGGUGAAUUCAUAUUAGAUAGAAACGAUAAUAUAACAGAUUAAAGGUACGAAUAAAUAAAAAUUACAAGGAGAAAAUAAAUGUUUUGUAAUGGGAUUCAUGGGUUUUUUUCUGUCUGUUGUUUAACUCGUUUCAAUUGAAAAACAACUAUUUAAUAUCUAUAGUUUCAACGCAUUCACGAUGCCAAUUUCAAUAUAAUGUAAUAUUGUACGAGUAGUUAUUUUAGCGGAGACAUAGACUGUAUAUCGAAAACAGGGACAGCUAAAAUAGAAGCUUUCGAAGUAUAGUGAUGGAAAAGAGUGUUAGAAUUGUAUGGACAGACAAAGUAAGGAAUGAUGAAAUUUGUAUGAUAAUGAAUACACUAAAAAUCAAUGUGAAAUACGCCGAAUGCCGAAAAUGAUGAGCGGUUGGUGAAUCGGAAACUUCACUAAGAAAAACCCUCUAAUAACUGCAAAAAUAAAAGAUUCCCGAGAAGAGAAGGCCUAGAAGGAUGCCAUUUAUUAAGAGAAUGAUGGAAGACACCGGAAAAAGAACACACCGGGUAGCUUAAACGAGCUAUAACGGAGAAAACGUAGAGAAACAAUCAUUCUAACCAUUACUGAUAGAAUCCAGCUUCUGCGGGUCUUGGUGUAUUUUUAUUUUUUCGUUGUAUUAUUUUUACCGGCCUCGACUCCACGGAUCGCCGUGAAAGCUGUUGCCAGUGUUCCCAUCACUGGCUAUACAAACACUUUUUGGGCGGUUUCAUUUUCGCACGAACUCUUCUACAAUGUAAUAGUCCGUUGGUAAAACAUUAUAGUCUUUUACCGUUUGCCGGGUACGAGAAACGAUGAGUGAAAGUGACCGAGUUCUUUAAGUACGCACACACAUACACACAAACACAUUUCCAAUACCGGCAAACGAGAAUGGAUUAUUGCGAUUAUCUAUAUACCUAGACGAAUAUAUAUCGUGUCUAUUUGGUUUUUUUUUUACUUUUAUCCCAUUGUGUUUUAUUUAAUUUUAAACUUACUGUUCUCGAUUUCCGAAGAUAGAAGCACGCGAUUUGCUUCGCGGAAGGUCAACGGUGUGUCCGUUGAAUUCGUUAAAGCGCGCAUAUAGUAACACGCUUGUAAUUUGUAAAUUUCUAAUUAUUUUUACUAGGUACCAACUAUUGCAUAAGUUGUAUUUUUCUUAAAACAUAUAUUGACUGACUAUUAUUAUCUUAUCAAACAAACUGCUGGUCUAUAGUUUUUUUUCUACGGCGCUAAAAAAUACCAAUAAUGUUAAUGAUUUUAUCUAUUAAAACAGUCGCCGCCCGCCAGGCUGUAACGCACGAAUGUCGCGUACUUUUAAUUUCAUAUUUUAAACAUGACGAAUUUUACUCGUCAUAAGUUUGUCCAACCAUUUUUAUUCUUAUUUAAAACGAAAAAAAAACCCGUUGAAAUUAUAUAAUAUUAUGCGUAUAGGUUCUCUAUUAUCCAGGGGUGGAUCUGAAGAACAUUUAAGGGAGGGGGCGAAUUGAUAUAUGUAUAAUUCAAGGGAUCUUUAACCAUCAAUGGCAGAGUGGAGGGGGUAAUUUCCAUUUUCACAUGCUUUUAUUAUUUUCAUCGUAUAAACUUGAUCAUAUUGAAUACCUAAAAUAGGGAGGUUAUCAAUUUUACCAAUGUACACAAUUAUCAAUGCUUUUUUAACCGUGAUAAAUAUGUAAUUUGGAUACAGUGUAGUAUAUUACUAAUAUUAUUUAAAACGAUAAGAAAAUAAGAUUAAAAUCAAUCGGAUACACAGUUAUAUACUGAAUACAUAUAUAUAUAUAUAUAUAUAAUAAUUGUAUAAUAUAUAAUUAGAUAUUGUAUUUAUUCAAAAUUAAUUUUCUAACCUUAUAAACGUCUAAUCAGCUACGGGCCUCUAAAUAUUUGGAAUUCGCCUGGUGUAUACUACUAAACCACCGGUGGAGGCGAGAAAAAAAUGUCAAGGUGAGGGCGAUGGCUAGGUCGCUCGUCUCCUAAAAUCCACCCCUGCUAUUAUCCGCUAAUAUCCGUACGUUUUUUCUUAUAACCAAUCAAAAUUUGUUUACCGUGAUCGAAUCGCUAUACGUAAUUUAUUUCGUUUGUUCAUUUUGAUUUCAGGCCAAAAUCGAUAGGUAAACCAUUUCGGUAUAGAAAAAUGUAUGGACAUUUGCUGGGAGUAUGCGAUGUUGAUACAUACAAUUUUGAUUUUAGGCCAAAUUCGGCACCUAGUAGGUGUAAAACACGGAAUAUAAACGAGAAAUGCGAAACAUAACCAUUAUAGCCUACAAACUGUAAAUUACUAUAAUACUCAAAUUGAAGUGACGUAUACGUAUCUAGUAUAUACGUAUAAGUACAAUUUUAAAAGUGAAGUUUUCGGGGACAUUUUUUUUGUCAAAUCGUUUUAUUCUUCAUUUAUAGUAUAAAAACAAAGACUGAAAGACGUUUUUCCAAUUUUGAGGUUUUUGCCCCUUUUUAUAUAAACCGUUUUUUGUUUACAACAAACUGACAAUUAGAGCUGCACACAUUCAAUUUUGUGCCCUACACUUUGCGCUUUAAAACAUACUAUUUCAGGCUCUGCAGUAAGUAAAUGUGAACAGUGGGAUGGGGUUAAUCUGAAAAAAAAAUCUUUUAUCGUCCCAAUAGAAAAGAAACUGAUUUAUUAAAUUAUUAUUUAAUAAAUGAUAAUAUAAAAUUACUAUGUUACGAUGUUUUGUAAGAUAUUUGUAUGCCCCCUUGAAAUGUGGCCCCCGGGGCCAGUGUCCGUCCCCCCUUAAUAUAUAAUAUUAAGUUACCCGAAGCUUCAAUCAUUUUGUACAGUGUGACUCACCAGCAAUAAAUUAUUCGUACAUCUAUUUAUACAUUUUAAACUAUAUAUACAUUACAAAUUAUUUAUAUCGUCUAGUAGUAGUGUAGUCGUCCUUAGCGCAAGCAAAUGAAAAAAAAUAAUAAUAAUAUCACCAAGGUUUUUUUAAUGAGGUGGUGUUCGUCGUCAUCGUAUCGAGUCUGAUCUAUCUUUAUAAAAUAUAAAUUCCCUAACGCGAGAUGGCCCACAUUUUCUUUUUAUGAAAUUUAUAAUAUUACACUAUUUUAUACCACUUUAAGUUAUGGUUUUUGAAAAUAUCUGCAGAAUUUUAUUAUACGAGUUUUCAAAGCUACCCCCCCCCUAUCUAUUUGUAAAAUAAAGGAUCUACUUUAUUUUAUUUUUUCAAGAUUUCUAUAAUAUUCAAAAAGUGUGUUACGUUAUUAUUAUCUUGUAAGUUUUUGUGCCGGAUCUACAUGCGGUUUAUAAUAUUUUAUGAUCUUCAAUCGUAAAAAUAUUUGUCAAAAAAAAAAAAAAAAAGUACUUCAAAUUUACUUAUUGAUUAUAAAAAUUCCUUAUUCAUAUAAUAUUUUUUAUUUUAUUGUGGACAAGUGUGUGUUAAGUCUUCAGUUGAGUGUCCCACUUCUGAGUCGAAUCAUUUUUUUAUGAGUUUAUAACCUAUCCUAACCGCAUUCACUAGGUAGAUACCAAUACUUCUGACGUAGCUAAUCUCUUAAGAAUUUUAGUCGACAUAUUGCAAUAAUAUUAUGUAACGUCACCUAUCUUAUCUUUCCUUUAUUUUUUACCACGACUCACUUUCGAUUUACUGAGUCUAUAAGUAAUUAUGGCCACGGAAAAAAUUUGCUUAUACCUGCUGAAAUUGACAGAUAAAAAUAUUUGGCCAUGGAAAAAAAUUGGAUUUUUUAAAAAUAAAUGUUUUUUAUUAAAUUUUUAUAUUUGACCAUACUUUUCUUUAGUCAUUUUAGUAAAUGGAUAUUUUUGUAAUGGUCAUUAUUGCUGACUACCCGAUUUAGUAUACACAACGCUCAAAAUUUCCUGUACACCACCCCUUUACUAAUAUAUCUUUUUUUAGGCCUGCCAUGUGGUAAUACCUCUUAAGGUGCACAUUUAAAGGCCUCUCUUAGUGGUUCGUUUUAUUUUCGAUGUAUAAUAUUGUCUGUAUAUUAAUUUUUUUGUGAACAAUAUUCAAUUAUAUAAUAUAUCAUUGCUUAACCUUAUGAAAAAUAAAAAAAAUAGUUAUCAUCAAUAGUAUUCACCCGAGUACUAUAAUUCAGUUUUAGAAAUAAUUGUAAUUAGGUGAAUAGAAUUAAUCGUUUUCAUUAUUUUUUUUUUCGAAAUAGUCAGGAGGUGUACUUUAUAUGCAUAGUUUAUAUAGACAAUUUGACUAUACAGAUUCAUAUACAUGACAUUUUUAGUACGUUUUUUUGAGUGCCAAUAAAAUGAUUAAAAAAAAAAAAUAAUAAUAAUGUCAGUAUAACAUUAACUUUAUAAUAAUCUGUAAUAAACUGCAGUUAUUUACGGUUUUUUUUUUUUUUUUAAUACUAUGCUUGUACGAGUAUUACUUGUUUUGGGUUUUUAUAAUUUUAUAAUGACUAUAAAAAUCAUUAAUAUGUAUUCAACAAUCGGUUUAGUCUAUGAUGCAUUGGGACUGACAUAGAAAAUAAAUUGUACAUUAACUCUUUAAAAAACUUCGUCAGUUCAUAAACGCUCGAUGUUAAACGAAUGUUUAAAAUCUUUCCUAACCUAACCUAACCUAUAACAUUUUGAGUGAAUGGUGCUCGGGUAAAACGUACAUACAAUAACAUUACUUUACUACACUUUAUCGUAUUUUGAGCGUAAAAUAACGUACCACGAAGGAUAUUAUAUUAUAUUCUUGUACAAUUAUAAUGUCGUUUUAUAUACAUUUCGGAAUGUUCAUUAUUCGAUCGAGUCGUAUAAUAUUCGUAUAUAAUAUGUAGUGUUGUAUACAGUAUACUAGACGUUGGAUAAAAAAAAAUCCAGUCAAAAUAUCCAUUACCGAAUAAACCCAAUUUCCUUAACUCUAUUUUAUGAUAUUUAUAUAGCAUAAUUUUUCUCGUUUAUAUAAGUCUACUUACCAUACUUGUUCUUUUUAGAUUCUAAUUGAAGUGAGGAAUGUAUUGGUUUUAUUAUGUGUUUUUGUUUUUGUAUUCGUAAACAACUUUUUCAUUAGAAAUCUUGCUUCAACCAAAUCUUUACAAAAACUUUUUUGUGCAUUUUUUGUCUUAUAGUUAGUGCAUUAAAGACGUCAUUUUUUUAUUUUUCUCGUACUUUUCUUAAUAAAUAUGGAAAACUAGCUAUUUGUUGUUUUCUGGAUUACUUCGCAACAAGGGAAAUAUACGACUAAUAAUAUUCUGUUCGCAAUCGUUUUCCCGUUAUCAAUAGUUUAUCGUUGCGUGUAGAUAUAAAUCUUUUAUAGAUCUUUCGAGUGACUUUAAUCUACAACAUUUAUUUCCUGUCGUAUUUUUUCAAUGAAAAUUCGCUUUUAUUCUUAUAUUUUAAAUUUUAUUUGAAAUUGAAUUUAAUAAUUUCAGCCAAGUUUUAAUUUAAAUUUGAAUGCUAUCGCAUAUUAAAUUGGAUUUUUUCAGGAUCGGAUUUCUCGUCUCGUAUGCAAAUAACUUAACAAUACCGUUAUGGAAUCGUCGAUCGGAAAUUGGCCCACGAAUGUGUUUACGUAUUUAUUAUAGGCCAGUUUUAUAAAAUAUAACCAGGUUACUGUAUUGUACAAACAAGUUGUUUUCCGCUUAUAAACCUUAUUGGCUAUUGGGUUACUGUAAAAAAAUCUCAACAAAAUAAUUAUUAAAAUAUUUAAUGCGGCCAUUUUGAGGAUUCACGCUUAAGCUUGCGGUUUAAACGGUUGAAUUUUGAUAAGAUUUGACGAUGAAAAUAAAACGACGUCAGUCCAUUCGUUAUCAAUUUGUAUAUGUUUCAACUUUUAGAAAUCAUAACGUCGAGCUUACACUCAACCACGAACGUAUAACGCUAUAAGUAGUAUUUAAUUCGAAAAUCGCCAUUGAUAUUUUCUAGAACAUAAUAUCUUAUAGAAUCUUAUAAUAGUUAUUUGUUAAUAGCAGAUAGCUGUAUACAUUUUGAACCUUGGAAACUGUCGAUUACACUACUUGAAACGCAUUAUAACGUUCAAGUCCUAUGAAGUUUCACUGUGAUAAUCGAAAAAUGCCUAUUAUCGGGACGAUUAUAUUUUAUGUCGCGAAAUCGAGAAAAAUACAAAACGAAGAAAAUAUUUAAUAAUGUAAUAGUAAAGCCGUAUUGCCGGGGAACAGAUGGUGCCGGUCCAUCACUGCAAUAAUAUCCGCCGGAGUUUUAAACCCCGUGCGACUCGUGCGCGUGUGUACACGAGCGAAACAAAACGCCCGACGUUAGGGCGCCCGCAGCCGCCUCCGGUAUUUAUAGCACCGCGGUCGCGAGGGAUCCCGGUCGGCCUAGAUCCGCGUUUAUUUUCGUGUACCGGCGGUGGCGGCGGCGGCGAGCGAAUAUUUAAAAUAGACGCGCAUGCGUUCCGCCGUACGCGCUCCGUACGACCGGUACGAUCGCGGCAGGCGUACGGCAUUGCCGCCGCCGCAUUAUGUUACCCCUCGGUGGCCGGUGACCAAAAAUGGGCCGACUGCGCGUCAACGCCCUCUUGUACACCGCGCAUUACGGCCGUCGCCGUUACGUAUUAUUGCGAUAUUAUAUUAUAAACGGCGGCGGCGUCCUACGUUGACGGCACGGCGCGCGCGCACUUUAUAACGCGAAAAUAAUACGAUGAUAAGCAGUGGCGUAACUAGAACUCCUGAUGCCCGUGGCAAAAUAUUGUAUUAAGGUCCUAAUAAAAGCCGAACCGACGAGAAAAAAAAAUGGGAUUGAGGGGAGGGGGUUAUUCGAAAAGACCCCCGCCCGUUUAUUAAUGCCCCGGUCUAGAGCACUGCAGCUAAGGCCCUUGUCUGUUGUGGGUCCGUGGCAUUUUCCCACCUUGCCCACCCGGUGUUUAUAUGCCACCGAUGAUAAGACGUGUUUUGGCGAUACAGUUUUCAGCGACCUGUGGUCACGACUGCACCGUGUUGUAGAUAGAACGGUUGCACAAAGAGUGGCUAAAAAUCGGCCCCAAAAGUUCUCAUCGAAAAUAUGAAAAUCUUCCCGCUUUGCGGAACGAUCUAUAGUUGAAAUUACCACGUCAAUUUUGGAUAAAACUACCAUGGUAUAUUAUCAUUGCGAUCUGGACAAUUCUGUUAAUUCGUUAAUAGUUCCACCGGAAGUCUGGGAGAAAAUGUUAAAUUUAACAAGAACCUUUUUCGGGCUGCAGGCCGUCGUAUUAUAUGAUUCGUCGUUGAGCGACCGUUUACCAUUCUAUCUAUGUAACCGUGGUCACUGGUUACUGGUUAUCCAUUGGUAUAGCACAUAUGCUCUGUGAACAAAACUUGUUGGCGAUAUUCUAACCGAGUCACAAACAACGUGAAUUACGGCUUACCGAAAACCGAAUCGUCAAAACACGUCUAUAAUAGUAAUUUAUACGUACCCCCAUUUACAUUAUACUGCAGCUGGCACCUCGUUGGUGGCGGCUGCUACAUGUAUACCGACGCGUGCCGAGUUUUGUUUACCCACACGAGGACGCGGCGUAUCGUCGUUGCCGUGAGUGGCGAUAAUUUCUAAGUUAUCGAUUUGUCUUCAAUUUUGUAUAUUUUGUAUCCCCUUGAGUAAACUUUUGUAAUUUUUUUUUUAAAUAUAAUUGCAUAGCAUGAAAUUUCAUGCUAUGUAAUUUGUUUCCUUUUAUUUUUAGGUCUAAACUAAAUAUUGCUCUCGUAGUGACAAAUGCAGUAACUAAUAAUUUCUCAUAAAUGAGAUUAGAAAGAAUUCAUCUAUGCAAAAAUCGAUUUUAAAAUGUCGUAAAUAUACGUUUUUGUUUUUGUGUUUUUUCAGUAUUCAAACAUUUUUGUGAAUAAAUUGCAGUAACUUAGGGUGACUAUAAAAAAAAAUAAAACCAAGACAAAAUAAUUUUAGUAAUGCAUUGAAAGUAAUAUUUAUUAGUUAUUAUAGGUUUUUUUUUGUUAAUUUUUCAAAAUUAGGCCUAAUAUUAUUUACUAUUUUAAAUACACCCGUAUAUCUUUGAUGCAUUAUCUGCCGGUAUCGAUUCUUGUGGUUAUUAUUUUUCAUGAAUACAAUCGCUAUCAUCAUAAUCUAUAACGGAUAUUUUUGUCAACGAAUUUAUUUUAUUCAAAAAUAAAAUAAAAAUUAAUACGGAAUAAUUGACAUCGAUAUAAAAAAAAAAAAACAGGAUAAAAAGCGUCCCGAAAAAAGUUCUUCAGGACAACAAGGACACAAAGCUAAAAAAAAAUGGACAGUCCUGCAUAAAACAGCACGUAUGGUCACACCUUACAGUAAUUAAAACAACACCAAAACGUAGUUAGGUAGUUAAUAUUAUUAACGGCGUUUAUUACUGAUAAUGAAAUGUAUAGGUACAGUAUAUAUUAUAAUCUAUAAUAUAUUUAAUAAAUCAGAAUUAAAUGCAGCCGGGGCGUCAUUGUAUACUAAUUUCAGUAUCGCCCCGAGGUGUUUUCCUCGAUUGUCCUUGCGUAAUAUACGCCACUGGAUCGUACAUGAUUGUAAGAUAAAUAAACAGUAAAAGAUUAAAAAAAAAAAAACAACAUACUUUUCAUGUAAAAAUAAUAAUUGCAUUGAGAAAUCAAUGAUUUUUUAACAGAUUCAGGUGUGUUUUUAUGCGCCAUACAUAUUUAUCGGACGUACCAAAAAAGCCAACAAAUAAUGACAACAUUUCGAAAGUCCAUUUUUAGCGGUCACUAUACUUACACCACUACGAGGGCACUAUGGGUCGCGCCGUUACGAUAUCGCCAGUGGUAUUACGGAAAAAUAACCGCGGCGAUCGCGUAUCCCGGGCGGAGGCACAUUCCUACAUAGUAAUAAUCGAAAACCGGUGUAUAGAGACGCCCGGUUGGUCGUUCAAAGUUGUGUGUGUAGAAACGGGCGCGUCGUCGCCUGUUGAACGUAAACAGCACGCGCGCCGGCGACAAACCGAUCGCUUUUUGUUGCCGCUUGUUGUAAGUCAUAAUAUCUCGGAAAAUGGCCGGUGUACACCCGGCGCACAGGCGUGUGUUCCCGGCGGCGGCGGCGGUUUAUACACGAAAAUCGUAUCGGUGCAUAUUAUUAUUACCGACCGAUAUGAUCAAAGGCUGUUGCGGCGACCGUCAAUGGAAAUAUAACGAGCUCGAUUGAACAAAGUCGAAUUAAACAAAACGAGCCUUAUUUGGUAUACGACAAUUUACAUGUAGCAAUCAAUACAUUAAUACUCGGCAAGUUCUAUGUUAAAAAUUCAUUGAGACUACUCACGGGGUAGUUUUGUACUGUUGCAGGCGGUAUAAUAGUUGGAAAGGUAGGACAAUGCAAAGGGUAAUUUCUUAAUUCGUAUACUGUAGUACGCACCGACAGAUCAUUGCUAACAAAUAACGAUUCCGAGCGGAGUAAUAUAAGUUAAAUUCAAUAUAAAUACGCUCCGAAAAGCAGUGACAACAUUUGAUUGUGUGAUUUUCCUUUUUUUUUUGGUGGAGAAGGGGGUAUUUGACAAUUUGGUCACCUUUUUAUUGUUUCGUGUGCCUAUUGAAUCCAUAAUAAUAAUUUGCAUACAUUGUGUUUAUACGACACAAUAUAUAUAUAACGCUUACUUAUAUAUUAUUAUAGGCUACCGUCAAUUUUUUAACAUAAUAUAAAAUAUCUUAUUAAAUAUAUUUUCGAAAACAUACAUAUAUUAUUUACUCAUCCGCACAUAAAAUAGCUUCAGAACCGCAUAUUUUUGAUCGUAUAAUACAAUUAUAAAAUAUAAUAAACGCGCGACAGUGUAACGUUUCAUCUAUUUCAAUAUUUUGUCGUUUUUUAUAUUUUUGUAAUAUACCUAUCUACCAAUUAGUUUUUUGACACGAAAUUUAUACAGCUGCAACUGUAUUCUUUAGGUUAGGUAUAACAGUAUGUACGUGGAGAGGAGAGGGGAAAUGAUUUUUGUCGCGACCAUAUUUUCUCAUUUUAUUCGAACUGCAGUGCGCGUCGUUUUCGCGAACAGGAGCCGCAGAAGCCCGUGUUGUACGGUAAAAAAUGAAAAAAUAAUAAAUAAGGCACGUGACGAAUUCGGAUCGCUGUGUUAUGUUUUAUUAUUAUUUUUUACCGUCGUAUGUUUUUUUUUUUUUUUUUUUCCGUCGUUUUUUUUUUUUUUUUUUUUUUUGGUGUCGUAUUACAGCAGUCUGUGCUUUGGAUGCGUAUACGUAUGACGCGUGAUAUGUGUACCCGACCCCUUCCCGACGGCAUCCGCCGUCAACGUUGCACGCACGUACGCACAUAUGCGUGUUUCCCGUUGAUGGGGAAGAGUUGUAUACUAGGUAGGUAGGUAGGUAGGUAGGUAGGUAGUAAAACCAGUUGUCAUCAUUAUUAUCAUAAUAAUUAUCGCGUCCUUGAACUUAAACAAUAAUACAAGUCGUCUUUGGAUAUAACAGGACUAAUAAUAAUAAUAUGUACGCUAUGUACUCUAUAAUAUAUCGAGCGAAGACGAUUUACCUAUUACGAUUUCUUGUUCCUAUUACUUGUUUUUAUGUUGUUGUUGUUGUGUUAUACUUACGUCGGUAACACUAGCUUCACCGAUUUAUAUAGGUAAUUUGUAUUACGUGACUCGCGGCGGGGCGAUGAGUCUACUCGAAUAUACGUUUUCUAAAAGUGAUUCCUAACAAAGAAACCGUAUUAGUUUUCACCAAAAAUUCUUUUUUUCGGUUACUUCAAUACGCUUCGAAAACAUUACUUUAAAGUUGAGGAUUUUCCGCCCAGUGUAGGUAUUAAUUUAUUCAUUUUUCUAGAUUUUGUUCUCGUAUUGAUUUCAGACGUGUCACGAGUGAGUUACUAUGCAGUUAUACAUUUUUAUUUUCUUUUUCGAAUGAACUCUGUCAACUUUUCCUAAAUUAUUCGUUUUUAGAACUUUUAAAGUAUAUGAUAUAAUUAUUGUUCAUCAAGUUAAUAUUUUUCUUCAUACAUUUUACUUUAAGGUCGUUGAAUUAUAUUACAGGGAGAAAGAGAGAGUUUCUCGAACGUGAUUUUCUCUUUCUCCGUUUUUUAGAUUCUGAGUGAAAACAAAGAAUGUAGUGGUUUUAUAUUGAUCUUUACUUUUUUUAUUUAUCUGUAAACAACUUUUUUAUGAGAAACCUUGCUCCGAUUGUCAAGUGUAAUACGUUUCCUGAAAGGAAAUUAUAUCUCGGUGGCACUUUAACUCGGUCAUUUUUUGAUUUUCCAGGUGUUCUUCAUUAGAGCUGAGAAAAAAUUUAGUAAAAACGAGAAAAUAUAUGAAAUGUAUUAUAUUUAAUUUUAAUUAUUGUUCUAAUUUAGUUAAAAAUAUUCAUAUUCAUUUGAAAUUUGGACAGAAAGAUUAUAUUUGACUUUUCUAGACGUGGUCAAAUUUUCAAAAAUGUUUAGCUAUUUUUGAGAUAUUUGUGAAAUUUUGAUUUUACGAGUUUUUUACGUAAUUUUUAUUUGAUAGGUAUCCUGUGAAUAAAAUAGUAAGGCCAAACUGAAAUGUUUGGAAAUGAAAAAUUUAAUUGGAAGUUCAUGAUAAAUUGCGAACUUUGUGAUAAAAAAAAAAAAAAAAUCUGUGAAAUGUAAAAUUUGUUUUUCAUAUAAAUUUUAAUAUCAAAUUUUGACGAAAAUCGUAAAUAUUACGGUCUUUCAAACCCUUUAAAAACGAACUCCGCUCUGAAUCGCUUUUUGUUAUCAAUGAUUAAUCGUUGUUUACAGAUAUAAAAUAAAUUUCCCUUUAUAUCCUACCUUCCCAACUUUUCACUUACAACAGUGAUUCACUUAUUUUGUGAAGUAUGUUCGUUUUUUUUUUUUUUUAUGAUUUGAGCUCGAUUAAAGGUGACAAUACUGAGUAUAGAUGGUUGACCUUCAAAUAAUUUUCAUAUUGUCCACUAUUGACAUACCUAAGUGUUAUUAUUAUUAUUAUUAUUUUUUUUUUCUAAAUAAUUGAUAUCUUUAUCUUCGUCUUAGAUAUUUAUUUUGGUUGAAAAAAUAAUAACUUUAGGUUCCUACAUUAAAACUGCAUUAUAAUAAUGUUUAUAAAUUCAUCAGCGAAGACACCGGUUUUAUUGUUAAUUUUUUUCAUUAAAUCAGAAAUUCUCAAUGGCUUAGUCACUCAUCACGUUAAAAAGAUUAUGCUGUAAAUCAUUUUUAUACAUUUUUUUUUAUUUCGAUAGUAUUCAUAUUACUUUUAUAGACUUAUAAGUUUAAUAGAUAUAUUUUAUAAUAUAUAUAUAUUGAUUACAAUAUAUGUGCGAAAGAGAUAGACUCAUAGUUGCCGUUUCCAAUAUGCGUCUAUCUCUUUUUUGCAUAAUCUUAUGUUAGCUUCAAAAUGUGUUAUACAUAAAACGAGUGUCAUAAGGUCUGUAAUAAGUGGCAGUUUCACCACAAACAUCGAACAUGAUGAUUCUUUAUUCUUUUAUUGAUGUCGUUACUGAAGACAUUUAAAUAACAUAAAAAAAAACAUAAUUUAGGAACAUAAUAUGGAAUAUAAUAUAGCAUAUGAAUUUAAUACUAAUCGAUUAGUUAUAACUAGGGCUCGAGACUUAUUGCACUUAAUAUCCACAAAAAAGUGCUUAAAAACGUCAAAAAAGCACUUGAUAAAUAUUUGAAAAAGCAAAAAUUGUAGAAGGGUUUAAAUGUCCCUUCUCUUACGACUUGUACUUAUUACAUAAAAUUCUUUAACGCUACACAUAUUAUUAACCAAAGUUAUCUUUUUUUAUUUAAACAAAUUUACGAUUCGUUUAUCAUUUGUGUCGUGUUAGAAAAUUGUAUUUAAUAACUUGACGUCGUUAGACAGAGGAUCUUUAAAUCCUUCUACCAUUUGUUCUUUUAAUAUUUUAUUGAAGUACUUUUUUGUGAAAUUUAAGUGCAAUAGGUCUUGAUCCUUAGUUAUAACUCAUUACUUAUAAUUCUAAUAAGUUGAAAGUAAAAAACAAAUUUAAUUUCUCAAUAAUUGUAGUUAUAUAUAUAUAUACAAAAAAAUAGCUGAUAUACCUAUCUUAAAUUAUGUUAUUGUCAUUGACCUCUUUAGAGUAAAAUAAUAUAUCUACGAUAAUUAUCAUCGUUUAUCAUUUAUCGGUCGGUUAAAAACUCGUUUUUAAAAAUAAAUCGUUUGGAUCAAUUGUCGUCGAGUAGUUGGACGUAAAAAUUAGUGGGCGAAAAAAAUGUGUCAACGAAUAUUGUAUAUAAUAUACACGACGACUAUUUAACACGCUAUAUAAUAUUAUACGAGUUUUCAAGGAAAUUUACCCACGUGGUUUAGUAUACUAAUUUUAAAUUUAAACCAUUAUUGACCGAGCCGAGAGCCAACGUCUGAAAAUAUUUUUUAUUGGGACGCUUUCCACGUACCUAUGUAUCUAUACCACCUCACACAUCAUCAGCUAUAACGAAUACGCGUGCUCUAUAUAUUUGUAUUCUGUGGGCUUUUUCGAAAGUGAACUAUUGACUAGUGUUUUUGUUUUAUUUAAUAAAAACAUAUGUUUCCAUUAUAUUGUGUACUCGAGCGCGUGUAGUUGAAAAAUGAACACGUGUUUUUUUUAUCCACCUAGGAUUUUGAUUUUAUGCUACCUAAUAAAUCGUAACCUUUUUUUUAAAAAAAUAAAACUUUCUUUCAUUUUAAAAGAUAUAUUUCUACCCCUUCCCGCUCUACCGUUAAUAACAAUUUACUUAGGUAUAAUAUUAUUGAUUUUCAAGUUGAAAUAGAAACUAAAAUGUAUGUACAGUUCAGUGUGAUACAUUAUAUAUUACUCUUAAAAUAUCCCUAUUUUUUUAAACUCGAAAUAAGUGCUUGGAUGUAUCGUGUGUCUUUUGAAUAGCUGACGUAAAUAAUUGUCACUAUUAUAAUUUAGUAUUAUAUAGGUACAUAACAACUAGAUUAGUGACUCUUUGAGUAUCUUAACGGUAAACCUGGCAGCUUAUGAAAUAUUUGUGUUGAAAUAUUGUGAUAUUAUAUGGAAUAUAUUUGAAUUUUUUUUCUUUGAAGUACAGAUAUAUAAUAUAUAUAUUAAAUAUCUAUACAAAAAAGACAAAAAUGUGGUUUAUUACCGUCUACCUAAGCUUAAAUAUCUUGUCAAUAGCCAAUGGGUCGACGGAAAUCAAAAAUGUCAAUACCAAAAUGUAUUAUAACUAAUACUCCAUCUAUAAAUGGAUUUUUAAUAUUGGUUGCCAUUUGAAAAUCAACUGUAGGUAAUGUUUUACUUCCAAAAAUAAGAAUGACAAAAAAUAGCAUUUAAGUAAAAUUGUAGAGCUGCUUGUUUCUUAAAUGUUGUUUAAUACACAAGUUAAUAUUUUUCGAGAUAAUGAUUGUACCCGCUUAAUUGAAUCACUUUGUAAACCUUUUUAUAUUAUGAUAAUAUUGUUAUAAUUGUGUAAUAUUAGAAACAAUCACGGCCUUGGUUUGGUAACCACAGUAAAAAUGGUCAAAAUACAACAGUUUAAUAUAAAUAAAUUAAUGAUAACACCCAUGGUCUAAAAAAAACAAAUAGCGGUUGUUGAUGAUUUCAAACAUUUAUACGGAUAGUAUUAUGUUAGAAAGCUCUACAAUUAUAUAGGUAUACUUAUAGUACUUAUAAUCUGUGCUAUCAAGUCUACCUUGGUUUCUAUAUUAUCGUGCUAUAAACAAAAUAUUGCAUCGGUUAAUAUUUGUUCUUUAGUAUAUGCCUGCCAAAUUUCAUAACUUCCAUGUGAUUAUAUCUGUCUGCUAUCUAAAUGUAUAUGUACACUAUUGAUUUUGGCUAACUUUUUUUAUUGUAAUAUUUGACUAUAAUAAUUAAUUGCGAAUAAACUGUAUACGCUGUUAACAAAAUAUUGCAAAAUGUAAAUAUUGCUUAUAUAUAUAUAUACAAAAAAAAUUAUUAAUGUGAAAUUUUGAGGGGAGAACCGGCCAAUAUAUUACCGACGUUUCACUGUGAUCCGAAUAUUAUAUCAUUAUGUUUACUUAUCGUUUUAUUUCAAUAAUAAUUCUUUUAAAAUUUUAAUUUGCAGUUUAAUAAAAUUAUUGAUAAUGGUGAUUCUAAAGCUAGGUUAUCCUUUUUUUUUUAUUAUUAUUAUUUUCUUUUUUUUAUUAAUACGUGUAUACAAAUUACCUUUAUUAUUAUUAUUAUGCGAGUACGAAAGCGAUAACGCAUUCAAUUUCUAUUUGUAUUAUUUAAUUAUAACGUGGAACUAUAAUAACAUAUUAUAAUGUAAUCGAAUAAACUCGAUUAACUGUGAUUGAUUAAUAAUUAAUUAUUUCGAAUGCUUAGUAUUCUUUUUUAUUAAUAAAACACCUAUAAUAUUAAUGAUAGAUGAAGGUGAAUUAAACGAAGAAUAUAUAGUAAGUUAAAUUUCACGUUAAAUUAAUAUUUUUCUUUGAAUUUAUGCGUUGUCGAAAGGAUAGUAUUGUCAGGACUGAUCUAGUAUUAAUAACGAAUAUUUUUUUUUGUCCGUGCAAAGUAUAUUAUAGUUAUUUUAGAUUAUGAAUGUGUUGUUUUUUUGGUAAAAGACUUGUACCAGAAAUCUUUUUAAAGCAUAUUUUAAACUGUUGCAUCUUUUUGAAAGUAAAUUCUAUAUACUUGGUAAUGGAGAGGCCACUUUUGAUUUUCCUUGUAGUUUUCUUAGUUAUCAGGAAAAUCCGGGAAUAAAUGUAAGAAAAACAGGAAAAUGUACGCCAAUCAUUAUUUUUUUUUUUUUGCAGUAAUUCGGUUAAAAAUAAUUAUAGAGAUCCAAUCAUUGCACAGAGUACUUAUUCGCCUUUUCUAGACGUGGUAUAAUUUUUUAAAACUGCAAUUUUCGAACUAUUUCUAUAGGUACUUAUUUAAUAUUUUCGAAUUUUUUUUUAGGAGUUUUAGAAGAACAAAUUUUUUUUAGUCAAGCAGAUGUUUGUAAAUCUAAUAUAAUGUUUAUCAUAAGUUGUACUUAGUAAUAUAAAAAAAUGAAAGUUGACCGUAAUGUUAUAGUGUUUUUUUUUUAUUUUUUUUUUUAACUAAAAUCAUUUAAAAAUCAUGGUAUCACAAAACAUGUUUAACCGAACUUCGGUCAUAAUCGUAUUUUGUUAGCAGAGAUUUAUCGUUUCGUACAGAUAUAAAAUUAAAAAACUGUGUAUCCUACCUUCCCAACUUUCUAUGUACAAGAACGCCACAACUAUCAGUAAUAUCGGCUAUUUUUAAAGUAUUAUAAUAUUAUGCAAAAUAGUUAUUUAAGUUAUAGGUUUUCCGCGGGUGUAUACAGCAAACACGGCAGAGUAUAUAAAUAACUUUUACAUUUUCCAUUCGAUAUUCUAUAUAUACUGUUAACGCGUUUAAUAAUUUAAAAUUGAUCAACUAAUAUUCAAAUUUAUUAAUUCACGUCUUUAAUUAAAUAACGUCUCAAACUUAUUUAUCGUUUUCUCGUGAAAUCUGUUCUAAAACAUUUCCCGUGCGAAUAUGUUCUGUUCUAUAUUGUGUUACAGAUCAAAACACUCUUCAAUAUAAAUAUUGGAACAUAAAACGCCUAUUAUCAAAUUUAUAGAUGAAAACAUUUCAUAUAGACAAACAUCAUUUUAGCAUUUUAGAAUUCAUUAAAUAUUAUUAAUUUUUAACAUAGAACCGCCUCUGCCGUCGGUUAACCGGAAAAAAAUAUUAUUUAUUUCUUUAUAUUCUAGGCACAUUCGUUUUUACGUAACCUUUCGUAUUUCCAAACAAAUUGUACUUUUGUAUUUUUCCUUUAUGUGGAGGGGAUGGGGGUUAACGUGUUUUUACCAAAAUCAACAGUGGGAUAUCAGAGAAAGUGAAAACCACCCUCGUGAUUUUUUUUUUGUAAUUUAGCUUUUUACAUAAUAUAAUGUUAAGACAAAAAUAAACAUACGGAAUUCGACCGGGUUAAUUAUUUACUAACAAGUACGAGUACAUACAUUUUUAUCCUCUUCGUAUAUUAAAGAACAAAAACAUGUGGAUUUUUAAACGUUUUUAUAUUCUAUUUUUAGAUUACUCGGCCCUGUUUAAUGUCCCCGGUUAGUAAUUUGUAUCCGUUAAGUAUAAUUUUUAUUAAUUAACCAAUUACAUUUUCUGGAACGAUUCCCAGAGUGAAGAAUUUUUCUCGUUCAUGCGCGCAAGCGCGCAGUGUAUAGAUUACAAAAAUAUGAGUUGUCAACGAGUCGAUUUCUACUCGACUUGCAUAUUAUUAUAGUAAUAUCAUAUAUAAAUAUAAAUAUCGAAUGAAACGCGUAUUUGCAUAAUAUUAUAACAUGCAAACUUGUUCGAGUCAUCGUCUUGGUUAUUUUUCCUAUACAUUUUCUGUGUAUUUUUUAAAAAUUGGUAAACGACUGACUUAAAGGACUCUGAAUAUGAUCGCAUAUAUUAUAAUAUACAUAUAGCUUUAAAUAUAAUAUACCAUGCACCGUUGGCAGGCCACUGUUUUGAAAUAAAAAAACGAUUCUGAGUAGAUUUUAGUAAACUAGCAUGGUUAUUUAUAUAAUUCAUACUUUUGUAGUCAAAGUAACCUAAAAAUCAAGAAAACUGAUACAAUAUCGUUAAAUGUUAUCAGGGAUUUUUGAUUUUUAAGAAAAACUAACUCCUGAAAACCUAUUGAACCUUUUAUAGUUUAUUGUAUGAUGAGAAUAAUUCGGGUAGUAGUUUCAUCUCAAAAAGUAAGCAUUUUUGACCCGUUUCUAUCUCAUAAUAUUUUCUGCGAAAGUAUGAGUAUCUUACGUUAUAUUGAUCAUUCCGUAUAACUUAUUCGCUACGCUCACUGAUCAGAAAAUAAAAUGUCCGUAGUAAAUAAGUAUAUUAAAUUCGAAACACCACCGCCGGUUGUGAUUCCGCGGUUGAAAUUCCUAUGCGGAGACUUGUUUUUAAUUGAAAAACAAAAACAAAAUAUCAUCGUGACACGGUAAUAAACUGAUAACAAACGUUGAAAACACAAAUCAUUUUUAUAAUAUAAUAUUAUAUAACUAUAUUAUAAUUGCUACAGUUUAGUAUUUUGUCGCGUACAAUCGUUUUUCAUUUAUCAGAUAUUAUAGUUUUACCAUUUUAAUUACAUUUAAUUUUUGCUGCGCGUGUGUAGUAAACGAUGCACCGAAUGGGGUCAUUGGUAUUUGUACUUUCGUGCGCGGCGCGUGUGCGUGUGUACACACUGUUUAGUUUAUAUAGAAAAAAAAACAAAACAAAUACAAAAUACGAAUUCGGCGAUUAAAGAAAAUUGCCUCGUUACGUGGUUCCUAUAUCUACCCGGCGGGUUAUAAAAAAAAAAAAAAAAAUGUUAUUCUGUUCAUAAAUAACAAUUGCUAUAUAAAUUAUUAAUAACAAUAACUGUUAACGAGUUCUCGGGGUAGCAUUUAGUGUUUGGAGUUUUAGCAUUGUCAAAGCCUCGCAGGAAAGAACUGUAAUUAAAAUACAUUUGGUCAUUUUCGAGUUAUUUAUAACCAUUUGAAAUUGUUUAUUAUUAUUUUUUUUAAUUUGGUUUUAUAUUGAUGAAAUUUGUUCGCUCGACCAAAACUCCAGACAAUCAAACACGAGCUUUAUCAUUAAUUAUAAAUAGAAAUAUUUAAGGGUGUACAUUUUUUUUUUAAUGAGCGUUAUUUAAAGUUCAAAUUUUUAUGAAAUCGUAAAAAUCAUGUCAUUUCAAAAUGUAUUCAACCGAACUUUGAAAUCAGAACCAUUUUCCGUUAGUAAUGGUUUGCCAACGCAGCAUACAGACGGGAAUUAAAUUUCUCUAUGUCUCCUACCUUCCAAACCUCCCGUCUUGAACAGUGGCACACCCGUCAGUAGUAUCGGCUCUUUUUUUUCUAAGCUGGUCAUAAAUGUGUCAUAUAUACGGAUUUAACGGUCGCCGAGAAGAAGAACUAUCGGUUUAGUCCGAGAGAAACCGGUGUGUUUUGUGUCAGGUGGCGAUUGUGCAACGACGCAGCGUGCAGCUGGUAUUAAUGACCUCUGUUGGAAAACAUUCUCGGUCUGCCGUCAGAAUAUAAUAAUAUGGAGACAGCUUUGCGGCCAUUGUUUGUAAUAUUUAUAAUUUUUUCUGUUGCUCAUACGAACUCCUCAAAAUGAUCGGAUGGAUUAAUCGUAUCGUCGUUGUCGUUGUCGUCCGAGCCAAAUUAAAUGCGAUCUUUUGGCGACGAGUCUUGGUCACCGGUAGAGUUCCAGGGUGUGCGGAACAGUGCACAGGAAUGUUAAGUUAGGUUAUGGCCUUUUCUUUUUUUUAAAAAAAAAACAAAUAGCCUAUGCAUAAGAAUAGUGACGUAAUUCAACAUUUGAUUAUCGAUGUUGUAAAAUAAUAACUUGCACGCUUAUCUUUACGGUUUAUUGGGUGACCGAUGUUAUUAUGUAAAACAGUGACGCUAAUAUCCGUGCUCCUCGGUGUACAAGUCAGUUAAUCAACUCGUGGCAAUAAUAUUUAGUGUGUCAAGUACUUGUGCUUUGUGCAUUUAAGCGAAAUAUUGUUUGUGCUCGUUAUUAUUGUCAUCAGUUUUUCCGUGUACGGGGAAAAAUAAGUGCCGGGAAUUUCAUAAACGACCCAAUCGAUUGAAAAUCCUUCGAGAACCACACUCGAUACAUUUUUACUGUUGAAACAGGCUUUCUGGUCUCGCUAUAUAUUAUCCUCUCUCAGCUCAUCAUCAUCGUUUAAACAUUUAGAGUAGGUAUUCAAAGUAUUUUCUUUUAAAUAUAUACUAUAGAACGGAAGUGUUGACGUCUCACACUCGUGUACAUAUAACAUACCGUCUUCCUACGUAGGUUUAAAUUUUCGGAGCAUGCCAUAUUGAUUUUCGGUGAAUGGUUUAAAAAUGUUAUUGAGUUAGCUGUAGUCGAUUAUUUGUAGACGUGAAUCGCCAUUGGACCGCGACACGUCCGGCAUCAGCAACUCGGUUACGCGUCUUUCCGUUUGGAAUAUAUAGUAUUUCGAGGGGGAAAAAAACCUCGACAAUUCUAUGCUAGAAUUCAAGCCCGUCUAUUUGUCGUUUGAUUAAAAAUACAAAAAGAAAAAUCGUUUUUUUUUUCACGCCGGUCUUUAACCCCAUUAGGACUUUUAUCUCGGCUGUGACGGUGUAUUUAUAUGUAUACUAUACAGCUGUAUCCGUCUCGUUUUCGAAUGUUAUAAUUAUGGCUUAUAAAAGCGAAUAGUUAUCGUGGUGGUGAUGAUGAUGAUGGUAAUAAUAAUGCAAAGAGCUACCUGAAAGAAUUUUUUUCUUUCUUUUGCAAUACGAUGAGAAUAAUGACGUUGUGUGCAGAACGUCGGGAAAAUAUUAUGUUCCGUAUAGUCUUAAAUAGUCUCGAUGCUCUAUAUGUCUAAUAAAUUGCUUUUAUACAUAAUAUAUAUAUUUGUUAGAGCAAUAGAAACAGAAGGAGAGAAACGAGGGUGAAUAUAUUUUUUUACCGGAACUUUAAAUUAUUAAUUUCUCAUCGUUUUAUAUAUUUUUUUUCUGUUUCCAAGUCGGAUAAAAGUUGUGUAUUCUAUGGAUUUUGAAUCAAGCUAACUAUAAAAUAAUUUUUUUUUUCAUUGGGAAAACAUUUUUUCGGUUAGUAAAACGCUAUUCGAUACAAUUUUCUAGAAUCCCGACAGUUUUCUACGCACAUAUAUUAAAAAAAAUAUAUAUAUAUCACGACGACCAACGAAAACUAUUUUAAAUGUCCAUCAUUACCGAGCUCCACUCUCAAUAGUUUUUUAAUAGGAGAUAUAAUCGAACACAUAAACAAUAUUAUUUAUUACUAGCCGAACAUUACCAUAAUAUCAUAUUAUAUACACUCACUUCGUGCUUCCAUAUUGUGCGGAUGGGUUAUAAUACCUAUUAGAGGACAAUUUCAAUUUAUGUAAUCGAAAAACGAGAACUGAAUCUAUACGACAUUACGACGACUUGUGACGUUAGUAUAAGGCGUUUUUAAUGUUUUUUUAAUUUUUUUAUUUAUUAUUAUUAUUACAAAACGACCGGAUAACUACAAUAUGUACAAAUACGAUUGGAAUGCCGAGAAAAAAAAUACCUACCGACAUAUUCCGAUCGAUUGAGUUUUCUCUUGUUUCGAUUAAGUAAUUUUAACGUAAAAGCCCAUUGUGACGUGAAUACACAGACGAAGGUUUUUUCCGUGAUAAAAUAACAAGUAGGUAUGAUUAUUAUGGUGACAACAUUGUUACAUUGUCUCGUCUCGAAUUUUUUUUUGUAAUGCUAAACGUAUUGAAAGGAAUUUAUUAAUUUUACUAGGCCUUUAAUUUUUUUCAUUUGCUGUCUGUUGACAACUUUUCUACCAGUGAUACAAUUAUUGUGUGUAAAACAUUUUCUAAAAUCAAAUUUUUUUUAGUUAAUCCAUUGGAGAGGUUAUUUUUUGAUUUUUUGUGUAAUAAAUUAAUUGUUAAUUGGGAAAAAAACGAAAAAAUGUACAGAUUUUUCUAGUUUAGUUUUUCUAUGGUUAUAUAAAAUUGUUUUAGCGCAAAAAAAAAUGAUCGAAAAUUUAACUCGAGGUUCAUAUAUUAUACUUGGUGGUGUUUUAAAAUUAUACUUCCAGUUUUACUUAUACGUUUUGAUACUGAAUGAUAAAUCGUUAUUAUUGAUAAUAAUGUUUUUAUUUUUUCAAUCCAAAUUUAAAUUGUCGAUACUUAUUUAUUUCCAUGUAAAAUUAAAAAUACAUAAACACAUUUUUUACUAUCGCACUUCUUAUGAGAAAGUCCUAAGUCCGGAUGGAUUAAGUGGGAACCCUUAAAAGAUAAAUACUAUAGGCAACAACAACUAUAACCGUGAUAUAAAGAUAAUUAUCGGGGUGAGCACGAUAAUUCUGCUUGUAAUUUAUAAUUUCAAAUAUCGUCGGCUACUCAGCAAAGAUUUGGAAGUCGUUUGUCAACAAUUUUUCUACCAGAAAUCUUACUAUAAUAAAAAACUCCAUACUGCUUUUCUUAUAGCAUUUGUUUUUUUUUCUAUUCGCUGCAUUUUUAAAUUUUCCUUGUAGUUUUGCAGUUAAUAAUAGUAAUAACAGUUUUCUCGCUACAAUUUUGUAAUGUAGAUUAAAAUCGACUUGCGUGUUUUCACCGGGUUGUUGACGGUAUAAGAACUCUGCCCAGUCUAAUGAACAUUUACAAGCUAAUAAAACGUUAUUAUAAUAUCAUAUGUUGUACAGUGCAAAAAUUAUUUGAACGCGUUGGUUGUUAUAAAUGUUCGAACAUUCCGAAAUAAUUUCGAACGCAUUGGUAACGGCGGCGGCGGCGGUGGUCGGUUGCCAAUUCGGUCCGCUACUUUUAUAGCUUCUAAAGUUACUUAAUAAAUAACGUUUUACGUGCAUACAUAAACGAUCCGUUAUGUAAAAAAGCAUUGACCGUCCGUGUGUAACGUUUCGCACUAAUUAUCGUAAAAUUAAAACUGAUCGUUCUAGAAUCGCGAGUUCAAUAUACGAUUUUAAUAGUGAAAAACGAUUUGGGAUUGUGGUUAGAGAAGAUAAUCCGAUUGAUUUAAAUUCGUAUCAAAAGAAAACGUAUAGCAGCAGUAGUGUAAAUUGCGUUCUGCAUGAUUUUUUUUUUUUUUUUUUGGCCGGAAUUGUGAAUAUUUGAAUAAAAAUAUAUUUUUUAAUUUAUUUAACUUUGACAAGUUAUAAUAAUGUUAAUAUUUUUGUUCCAAUACGUUCGAGAAAAACUGAAAAGUAUGUAAUAUUAAAUAUAUAACAACUCGAGGAAGCCGUGAGGUUUCAAUCUUCAGCUGUUGGUUGAGUUCCAAGGUCAAUACGGAUAACUUUUGAAAUUUGAAAAAACUAAAAAUGAUUUAAACGUAAUUGUUUUGAAUUCGACUACAGUGGUGAAUAAUAUCGUAAAAUAAAAACUUGCCUAUACAUGCGAACGCGUAAAUAUAUUAUGCCCAUUUAUGUGAUUAUGAAGAUUGUACAUGAAUAGUAAAAUAAUGUCAAACGGAUUACAUCGAAAAUCCAAGAGAAUCCUGUUAAUGAACUUUUUCUUCCUACCUCGUCUACUCCACCUGCCAUCAUAGCUUCCCUUAUAACUUAGCUACUUUCUCUUUGGCCUAUUCCUCUUUUCCGGCUUCUGUUCGCGUACAUCAAUCAACUUGCCUUUUUUCCUGAUUGGUCGUUUCUCCUUUUCUCGAUAUGCCGCUCAUCAUAUAUCAUUUCAAUCUAUUCUCUCUCUCAUAUUUCCUGCUACACACGUCUAAACUAUCUCUUAUCUAUUCAUUCUUAAUCCUAUAUACAAUCGAAUCACAUCACACGUUCAUUCUAAAAUGUCUGUUUCUGUUACUUCCACCAUCUCUUUUAUUCGAUAUUGACGAAUCCAAUAGACUCGUUUCGCUAAUGGACGUACAGUGUUUUGACACUCAAUAUUGUACAAACGUCAUCACAAUUCUGAAAAAAAAAAAUGUCUCCCCGGAAAUUACCUUUAUUCCGUUAAUUUCAGACAACUCAAUUGUACAGUCACGAUUAAAGAUUAUUAUUAUUAUCUCCUUAAUAAAAGACGCCUUUCGCUGUCAUCGUUCUGUUGGGGAAUCUGUCGUGGGUCGUUAUUUUUCGUUAUAUGAAAUCAUUUGUUAUACAAUCUUAUCGUUUUAUUGUACCUUUAUUUUCGGAAGAAUUAUUUGCGUUUUGUUAUCGGUAAAAAAAAAUUAUUAAAUCAUUACGUCAUCUGUAUAUGCAGUGUUUGACCCGGUGACUAAAACGAGCGUUAUCUUUUUUCGCGGACUCAUUUUUAUCUAUGCACAUUAUAAUAAUUCAUAUAUAUUUUAUACCCGGGCAGCUGAUUAUUCUAUGUCCGAAUAAUUUCGUUGACCGUUCUUUUUUUCCAUAUACAGAAUGAGGCAGAACGGAUAAGACGGUUAUGAAUGGACUGGCAUACGAAAUUAACGGAGAAAACGCAGAUUUUAUUUUUGAAUUCCACAAUACAUAUUUUUAUUUCAUUUAAUUAACAUUGAGUUGUGUAAGAAUGUGUUCUAAAGUUGUUUGCAGAUUUUGGGCAUAUAUCGGGAACGUGACAAAAUUUAGACAGACAAAACUUUGAAAAUCGAGUUGCAUAUUGUUGUAAAUUUGUUGUAUCUUAAUGUAAAACAAAAACUUUUCUACGUAUCUCUACUUGUAAGAGAUUGACGGAAAAAAAUACUGAUGUGAUCACAUCUCGUGUGGUUCGUCCUCGCGGAUUAUAAAAGAAUUAUUAUCAUCAUAUUAUUUUAUAUAUUAUUACGAGGCGGUGUGUAUAAUAUUGUUAUAAUUUUUCCCAGACAAACCUUGUGUAAGAAUACUGGUAUUUUAUAAAUCUUUUUUUCCCCUUGUAGUUUUAUAAAGUCACUACCGUAAAAUGUAUUCAAAGAAUUCAGUGUACACACAGUCUAAAAUUACAUGUGUACAAAGCAUAUAAUUUAAUAAAUUAGAGUACAUACCUAUAUGUAUAGUUUUAUAUUAUACGGUAGACCGAAUUCAUUAAUUCGAACGUAUAUUAUAUUGUCAAUCGUAAACUCUCAUUAUAAAAAUAUGCAUAAAAAACGCAAUACGUGUUUUUCUUAGGUCGUAAAAUUCGUUUACGUUUUAUAACUCAGUGUCGUUCACAGUCUGUACGCAUCACGACUUAUCGACGAAGAAAGUCAGUCGAGAAUAUCGUUCCGAGUUAGUGACAAAAUGUCGAAUAAUAGUAUUAGAUAUUAUUUUUAAAAUGCCUAAAGUCAAAAACUUAUGAUUUCAGUUCGUUGGUAUUUAUUUAAAUCUAUACAGAUUGUAAUUUACUAUCUAAUGUUUUUGGCGAAAGCGAUUUAGAUCAGUGGUUUUCGAACUGGAUGCCUCGAUCUUUUGAAAGUUUUUUUUUUUUCUAUAUAAGCGACCGAUUGCAUUGAAUUGUGAUGUACCAAAAUAUAUAUGUUCAAGCGUCUUUUUUUUAGCCAUCAUAUAAUAUAAAAAUAGUAUUAUUACCUAUCGUUAUUGAUAUAAAAAAAUAAAAUAAUCCUACUAAAAAAAAAAGUCUUAAAAGUUGUUCAUAGCUAAGACAUAUACCGUGGAAAUUGUGUGAGAACAACACAAGUGUGCCGUGUUUAAAAGACGUUUGAAAACUACUAAUUUGAUACUGUGUAGUGAAAAUAACCCGUUAAACCGAGUAUCGAGUUCAGGAUUUCCGUCGAGAUAAUUACUAAUAUUUAAUAAUUUAAUAUUGUGGGAAUUUCGCUUUCGUUGUAAACGCCGCGGUGCCGUUGUCGUUCCGAGACAUUCUCCGUUAACUCGUUCGUUUUCCGUUUCUCGAAACAGAUAUCGAUUUGUUGUAAAUAACUGUUUUGCCUCGGAUAUUACUCGUUAUUAAAAAAUCGAUAAGCACAAUAUUCCCUAUCGUCUCAAACGCUUCUCCGUAAAAUAUCACAGAUACCAGCAAAAAUACUUCUCUCCGAUUGAUAAGAAACAUAACCUCAAAAAAAAAAAAUAGCACCAUCUCUUAAAAUUGGAACUUAAUAUGCAAGUUACAUUCUGUAUAAUUUAGUACAAUAUGUUCUGUUUUUAAAGUAUGUAUAUGGCUAAGGAGAAGAGAGCUUCAAUUCCAAAAGUGCCCCUAGUUUAUGCCAACGAAUUGAUGACCUUGAUAGAAGAGACUAUAUUGACUUUUCUACUUCAAAACGUGACCUACCUUACGUAGUGGUUUUUGUUUUUUUACCCCUUACUUUGAUUUACAUUCUACAUGGUUUUUUUUCAACAAUUAAAAGUUUUGAAAUUUAGUUUUACACUUAGGAUGAUAACUUCAUUAGAGCAGAAUCGGCUGCUUUUUCUUUUCGACAUCGGUAUUUCCGCGGAUCGUCGUGGCUGCAUUUUUCCUUGUCAUUUGUCUGACAACUAUUAUAAAACAUUAAAACAUAACAUGUGCUAACAUGAAUCGACUGUAACGGCUAAAGUAAGUUCUUAUAUUAUUUGUCGAAACAAUACCUACUAUAUCGUGUCGCGGAAAGUUUUAAUGUUUGCGAGCGUACAGAGGAAAUCGGUCGUGUUUAUAUCGGAGAAAAAUGUUGAUUCAAGGCCGUGUCUCGACGAUAAUAUUAUUAGGUUUGGUUUUUUCAUUGUUUGCAUACUUGUACCGAAGUAUAUUAUGGUAGUAUUAUUUGUACCUAUUAUAUUUAUCAAUAUCAGUUAGGUAGGUACAUAAUUAUUAUUAUAUUAAUAGGUAACAAUUAUUAUUAUUGGUACCUGUGUGUACACCUGUGGUAUAAAACAAAAAAUACAGAGACCUCCCGCCGACCAGAAAUAAUAUCACCGGUGAUGUGGUGCAGAAGAGUUGUAUUUUUACGCGAUUGGCCAAGGGAAACGAGUGAACAAUGAAAAUAUUGGUAAUAUCCAUCAACGGAAUACGUCGCGUACGACUCAUACUUCAUUUAUUGUUAUUAUACUAUCAUUAUUAUACAAUGUCGGCCGUCGAGGAAAAGUUUUUUUUUUUUUCGGUAAAACAAGAAUGCGAAAAACGCGUUUUCAAACGUACCUAUUUAAGUACAACGCACGAGCACGUGGUUUUUUUGUUUUAUUCGGCCCUAUAGAAAUGUUACUAAUAAACAAUAACAUAAUAUUUUCGUCGACCACGCCCGGUUCCGAAAUAUUUGACUAUGAUAGGAAUGUUAAACUGCUGAAAUGUUUUUUUUUCCGUUCCUAAAGAAAUAUUUGAUAAAUUUUUUGCUGAUUGUAUAAUCGCUGGAUUUUCAAUUCGACUUGUAUCUCUGCGAAUAUUGAACUACAAUCAAUUUGUAAUUUCUAUACUUUUUUUGAUAAAUUUAAUAUUAUAUUUAAUAGGCUAUUUUGUACUUCCAGGUAAAAAUAUACUUGAUUAUAUAGACCCUCCUGCUUAACUAUGAGGGUGGGGACAGGUUAAUAUUGUUAUAGGUUAAAAAUAUCCUCUGGUGAUAUUUUAUAAUAAAUGACCGGAGGCAAUGCAAAUCUUCAAAGUAGAAUGAUAAUUCAUAUCGGGACCAUUUUGAUAGAGGUAGUCGAAAUAAUAAAUAAAUAAAAAAAAAAAAAAAACGCAAUCGGUUCGGUAAAAUAUAAUAAUAACAAUACGUUUUAAUAUUAUCAUGUCUAUGAAGAAAUAACGGAAUAGCCGAAUCGUCAACAUUUUCACGUAAUAUUUUGCGGUUACGAGAGGUGACGAAUUAUUAUUACUUUCGUUCCAUCCGCAUUUGGCAUUUCGGUUUAUUAUUAUCACGAUAAUGUAUAAUGUAAAUAAUUUAAUUUAUUCGACUACUAUGAAACAUUGCAGAUAUGGACAAACGGUCGCUUUACAUACAUAACAUUUUGUAUUAUUAUUGUGCGUGUUUGACAUUCUUAGAAUAAUAUGCUCACUGCUCGCGUCACAGCUGUUUAGACUGAUUAUAAUACAUGAUAAUAUUAUUUCGUUUGAAUAAUAUUCGUUUUUGACAGGACGUGUCACAGUAACGUUUCGCCGCCCCAGUAUUUCUAUAUAACGGACGAAAGUGGCGCAUCUUGUUGGAGUGUAUCAAGAAGCAUGAAGUGUUUUAUUAUAGAACGAUAACAAAAUAAUAAUACAAAAAACUUUUUUAUCCAUCCGAUGAUUUGCUUUUUUUUUUUUUGUUGUUAUUUUUAUGAAAAUAUACGUUGUAAAGACGUGUCGAAAAUUGCGAAGAGAGCUUUCAUUUGAGUUUUGUACUCCGAAUAUGCGAACAUGAUAGAUAAUAGGACAGUGAUGCGGUUUUCAUUAAGGUUGAGGUUUUAUAAUUUAAUAUUUGCUCCGUGUACAAUAAAUCGUAAAUCCGUCACCGUUCUCGAUUCGUCAAACUGUUGCCGCUGGCUAAACCGCAUAAAAAAAAAAAUAUCUCCGAUAAAUUUAUUUUGCAUUUACUUGUGCUACACGACCAGUCAAAACAUUUUUUUUUUUUUUUUGUUUACCACUAAUACUGUACUGUACGCCCACUCACUUUCCACGUCGAAUAAACGACAUUAGGUUUUUGACCAAUUAUUUAUAAUAUUAUUAUUAUGUUUUUGUUUGUGUUCGAGAAAAAAAAAAAUCAAAUUGCAUGUUUCAUUUUUAUCCUUUUUAAAACCUCUACAACGUUGUAUUCCGGACUAUGUGUAUACAAAUUGUCAUUAAUUGUUUAUAUGAAUACACACCUCGAGACUAAUUCGUCUCCCAAUGGUAGACCAUUAUUAUUCGGUUAUGGCGAAAAAACAUUAGAAUGAAACAUUCGAUAUAGUCCAUCACAACUAUCGAUAAUAUCAACUAUUCGGUAGUGUACAUUUUCUCGCCACUAGUUUUAACACUAAAACCGCCACUUUGUUUGUUUUAUUAAUGUUUUUUUCAUAUUUAUAUGGAUAUCGUUUUAUGAAAAUAUCGAUUUAUGUACCGGUCUAUCCCGAAUCAUAAUAUCGUUCUAGGGCAUUUCGGUUUUGUUAUUAUAGCGAUUCACGUUUUUAAUUUUGAUGGCACACAACUUUCCGAAAUCGCGCGUGUCGAAUAAAACACACGAAUCGAAUAAUAAUUUGUAGAGAGAAAAUCGUUAUUGGCCCGUGUACGGCGGCGUUGACUCGAGUUUUUACGUUCUUUUUCUUCGCAGCGAUCGUGUAGUGUGCCUGUGUCGGAACAAUCGAUUUUUUAUGAAGAAAAAAAAUUAAUUAUAUAUAUAAUCGUGACGGCGUAGUUUUGUCGCAAUAAUGCACAAUGGCACAAAACGGUUUCGGUCGACUUUGACCUCGGCUUGCGGAGGGGUAAAUAAUAAGUCGUGUUUGAAGUACGCCAAAACGUGUUGUUGUUGUUUUGCAUCGAUAUAAUCAUAAUAAUAUUAUGUUCGUGUUCAAGUUCACGUUGAUAGGCGACAGUGUAACAUAAAACACUAAAUUGGUGAGCCGGCGCUGCAGUGUACAAAUAGUCGUAUAACGAUAACGCGACGGAAAGAUAAUUAUAAUAUUAUUAUUAUUAUUGUGAUUACAGAGAUAGAGAGUAGCGAAUUGCGUGGCCGACGUGUCCCCAGAGUAACACCACGUCUUACGUGAGCGAACCCAAUGCGAAAAUAUCGACUCGUUGUUGUUGUUUACAUCGGAAGUGGCCUACGGCGUUGCCGAAACCACGCGAUGUAUAGCACUGCGCUAAUCGAACGCGAUCGAACCGUUUUGAUAUUUUCGCGCAAUCUGAACGUGAUUUGUUAAAUAUAUUUUAGAGAAACGUCUGAGAAUCUGUUGAUAAAACGAACGGGUCGGUUCUCGGAAAAGCGCCGCGCACGUAGCGUAUGCCGCUUCGGGUUUCGCCCGCCGCAACGGAUCGUUUUUGAGUUUGGGUGGAAAAAAAAAUACACGUCGGUAAGCCGAUGUUGUAAGACGAAUCAUCUAGUCUCCCGGGGUGACGAGGGAAAAAAACGCCAGAAAAAUCACAGUCGUCUAGGUACAUCGUAUUAGAAACAUAUAAAAUCUCAUUAUUUCGUCUCGGUAAGAAAACUUAUUAUCAAUUCUGUAAACCUGGUACUGUUCUAAUACACAUGUCCUGAGCGUGAACCUAAAACCUAGUCGACGAAAUACCACGACUGGUUUAGAUAAAGCCGAUAAGAAAAUAGAAAAACAGCGUUGGCUAAGUGUUUGCACAGGAAUAGGAAGCAUUUUUCUUUAGAGUCGUCAAUUCAUUCACAUUGAAGUAGUACUCAAUUUAAAUUUUUAACAGCUUACGUUCUGUUGAAAAUAUUUCCGGUUAUUUUUGUUGAAGAUUUUGAGGCAUUCGAAGUUUUGAAGUUCAGCAUCCUAAAGACCAGCUACAUAUACGUGAAUUCUUAUGUCCAAUAUUGUUUAAUAUUUCUCCUCGGUAAAUUUAUGUAUAUUUCGUUCGGUUCUUUUAUAGACAGACAUGUUUUUUUUAUUUUAUGUUUUUUAAUAGACUCGUUACAUUCCGAUUAAAAUAUAUAAGUAUAUAUAGAAAGAGACAGGUUAAUUAAACCGCUUGUACCAGUAAACGUGUAUAAACAUACACGUAUUUUUUUCUAACAUUUUUAGUUUAUCAAACGUUUGUUGAAAAUUUAUGGUCAGUUGUUAUUCUAUCUUUCAGCCGUCUCGUCUCGACGUUUUUACCUCAUUAAUGUGCGUUUUCUACAUGAAAAUCUGUGUUUAGCACCGAUGUAGACGUAAUAACAAUAUUAUAAUUAUAAUAUUAUGUCGUAUUUGAUAAAACGAAUGUGUUAUGAUGCGGAUUUAAACUUCAAGUACGACAUAAUAUCAUUGUACACGAGUAGGUAGAUAUUCCGUUUAAAGUUAUUAUCAGCUGGCGAAUGCCAAUUACGAUUGUUUGUACUGUACUCACUUAUUGUAAUUUUGUAGGUACUACUAUAAUAUAAUACAUACAAUGUGACGCCAUUAAAAAUAUGAGUAGUGGCAGUCUUAUCGCACCCAGGUGCAUUCACAAAGUCGUAAUUUUUAUCCGGUUUUUUACAACAAUGUUUUCAUUUAUGUGUUUUAUUUGAAACUUAUUUUUUGUUCGUAUAGGUAUCGUUUAUGAAUUCGGCUUGAGACUGAAAAAAAGCCGAUAAUCAAAUAUCGCCUACCUAUUUAUUCGAAUUCAAUAUUAAACCACGGGUUUGUCUGGGCUAUGGAAAUAUAUCGAUACUAAAUCACUAGUGGAUCAAACUUUUUUACAAGGGAGAGGGAAGCAUUUAAAUAGUGUUGGCAUUAAGCCUAUUUCUUAGUCACUAUAGUGCUACCCUAUCAGAAUUCUUUAAAAUAUGCUCCUAUGCUCCGACUCGAAAUAUUAUAUUUUACAUUCAAAUUAUAUUUUAAACAUUCGUCUAAAACUUAAAUAAAACGAAUAUUAUUUUGAUUAUAGCGUUAAUUUGUAUUUAAUAAUGUAACUGUGUUUUUUGUUUUUGACUUGAUUUCCAUGAAACGGAUAGUCAAAUGAAAUAGGUAACACAAUUCCGCAUUUAUCUUCGGUGUUGCCAUUUUCUUAUACAGUUUCGCGAAAUAUAACAAGAUUUAAUUAACAAGAAUAAUAAGUAAAUAAUCUCCGUCUUAUCUCCGAGAUUAUUUGUCAAAUUUUUAAUAGAAACUUAAUUCAAAUUUCUUUAUGAUACCACACCACAUUUUAAGAACUACACUAUUGACUUUUACCUAUUAUUGUGCGGUAUUUGUAAUUUAUUCAAUUUAUGAAUGUAUAAUAUCCUGAAUUGGUUUGAACAUAUGAGUCAGAGUACAUAUUGUGAAAGUCAUGUUCUGUAAAUAUACUCGGAAGGAAGUAAAGGGAAGAGAAAGACCGAAAAGAAAAUAAUCAGAUAUGAUUGAGAGUGAUACGAGGGGUGUGUGACCGUUUCAGAUGAAGAUUUAGAAUCAAAAGAUAGUCGAGAAUAAGGCGAAGGUGAAAGAAGGAAAGAGUUUUGAGUCUUUCGUUUAUGUAAAUGUGGUAUUUUAAUGUAGUCUUCGUGAUCGUGUCGAUUGUUAGGUACCGUUAUCAGGGUAAACAAACUAGAAAAAUACACUUCAUCUCGCUAGUUGAUAACAAUAUUUUAGAUUCUUUUUUUUAAAUUGUACAAUAUUUAUUUUUCUGUUUAUCUUUAUAUUUAAUAUUGUUUUUACGUGGUCGAUAAGGUUUCAAACAAUUCAAAAAUAAUGCAAUACAAUAUCAUAAUUACACGUGCUUUAUGAUAAGUAUAAUACUAAAGUCUGUUACAUUAUAAAUUUCAAAACGGCGACUUUUCUUAAAAUCUGCUCGGAUUUACGGUCCGUGCGUUAUUCGAUAAUUUACCAUUUAAAAAUACUACAGUUACUGAUUUAUAGGGUACCAUAGAGUUUGUAAAAUAUAACGACGCACAAUAAAGAAUUUAAAAUACUUAACGCAAUAUUUAGUGUAUCAUACAAGACGUGAACUGCGAACAUGCUAAACAGUCAUAGUUAGUAUAAUGUUCCCAGCGAAUUAUUUGCUGAAUGAACUUGAAUCAUUAAAUUAAUAUUAUUGGAGUCGAUGACCUAGUAUAACAUAAUACUGUAUAAUGUAUAUACUAUAAAUUAAGACAUUUGUUGUUAGCCUAUUGCUCAACAGUGAGAAUUAUUUCAACACCCAAAACAAUAUACAUUAUUCGACCCAGUUAUAUAGUCUUAAAUUAUCUGAAUUUGUCAAAAAGUAUCUUGACAGAAACAAAUAACGAACGAGAGAACGGACAUUAAUUAAUAAUCUACUAAAAUGUUCGCUAGCCAACUCGGAUAUAUUGAAAAUAAGAAGAAAAAAAGACGACGUUUCCGCCUACUCAAAACUCCUUAAUCUUCCCUCAUAUUUUCUUUGGACGGAAAUUACCCAUUCCUCAGUUACUCCAUAUACAUUUAACUCUGAAUUAAAAUUUUUCUUUUGCCAUUUCAUCUCCUUCUCUCCGCAUUCCCUCGAUACCCUCUAAAUCAAAAUCCCCCCCCCGCGUUUUUCCUGUUGUACCCGCUAAAUCGGUUAUUCUUAUAAUUUUCAUUUGAUCACAUGGCACACAUCCAUCUCCGCAUUCCCUCGCAUAACAUUCUCGUUUCUGCCAUUUCCGUUUUUAUUUAUUCCGUCGUUGUUUGUUCGUUCGGCAUGGACAAAACUCCUCUUGUGCCUGCGCGAAAACCCCGUUUAAUAUGAGAAAAAAAUCAACAUCGGCUGUGCGUGUAUGCAUUAUUUGUAUGCAAUUUUAUCGAGCGUCUCGACGACGAACGGCGAUAAUAAUAUAUUCGUUCUCUUUUGUUCGAAAUCGUGUUUUAUGAUUAUUUCCAUAUAUUACAUAGCCGGUGCCUACGAUCCACGAUGGCGGUGUUUUUGUUUUAUCUCGGCGGACCGUUACGUCGCACCGUCACGCGUUUUAUACUAAUAUAUCGAAUGGCGUUUAUAUUCUCGAGUUAGUCCGAAUUGUCUUUGGGCUGAAAACAAGAAAUACAAACGCGAUACUUACGGACUGUUGUGUUAUAAUAUAUCACGUGUACGCUAGUGAAUUGUUGACACUAUUAUGACAACAACCGGUUUGGUUUUUAAAAUCCUAUGCCCAUUAUUUUCGCGCCCCGUUUUUGAAAAUCCGAAUUUUCGACGGUCGCUAUCAUCGGGCCCCGAAUUAUAUUACGACGCGUGUGAACCGUCGCUUUUAAUUAUUUCCAACGACGGCGAUUAAUAUAGGUAACAUAAUCGUUUUUUGACAAAUCGUGUCUGCAUUUUUUGUUUUUUCGAACUGGAGAACUCGUUUCUAAAAUUAAUUCUAACGACAACUAAAUGGGUCAUAUGUGUCGAUAAUUAUUUCCAUGUGCACGUUUUUUAUGUUAUAAAUACGUACAUAAUAUAAUACCCGGUACUUAUACGAAAAAUCAGUGAUCUAAAACGGCAUUUUAGAUUCUGUGAGAAUGAGGAAUGAUUUUAUUUUACCGUGAUGUGCUUUUUCAUUUGUGGGUCUCUGUAAACAAUUUAUUUGCCGGAAAUCUUGCUCUAAUCAAAAAUUGUGUAGGGACUUUCUUGUAGCAUUUUUUAAAAUUUUGUUGUCUAAUUGGUACAUUGAGGUGGUCAGUUUUUGAUUUCCCUUGUAAUUUUCUUUAUAAACGAUAAAGUUCGACAUGUUUAUUGACUUCUGGAUUAUCUUAGUAACAAGAGAAAAAAUACGCCUAAUAGUACUGUGCUCAAAAUCGUUUUUCGUUUGCGAUGGUUUAUGGUUGUAUACAGAGAUAAAUAAACUACUUUAUAUAUCCUCCCUUCCAUUUUUCCUCCUAAAAUAGUAGAACACACAUUAGCAGUAUUUUAGCCUUUCCUUUUUUUUUUUUUUUUAUGUCAAACAUUUAUUUAAUUUAAUUUUUUUUAAAUUUUUAUUUAAAUUCAUGUACACAUAAAUACUGUAUCCCACUGAGAAUACUCGUGUAUUUAUGAAGUAUGUAUUUACUCCAUAUUCGUAUGGUAUUGUUUAUAUAAUAUUAUUAUCAUUAUUAUUAUUCGUAUUACUUGCGGGCGUUUGUUUUGAUUAAAUUAUCCAUGUAUAAUAGAAAAUUCGCGGAACGACGUUAUUUAUUAUAAUAAUUGAAUCAAAAUCUGUAACAAAUCUGUGGUGUACUGUAUUGAAAUCGACACUCUGACAAUAUAAUGUGAUAGUAUUGUGUCUAGACGGGAAAAGAGUAAUUUUUUCUGUAAAAUCAUCGGUCAAUUGAUUUUUAUUAUAACGGGUUUUUUUUUUUUUUGCAGACCUUUACUGCAUGGUGCAAUUCUCAUUUGCGCAAAGCUGGUACUGCUAUCGAGAACAUCGAGGAAGAUUUCCGCAAUGGUUUGAAACUCAUGUUGCUCCUCGAAGUGAUUUCCGGUGAAACGUUACCAAAACCCGACCGGGGUAAAAUGCGCUUCCACAAGAUCGCCAACGUCAACAAAGCUUUAGACUUUAUAGCCAGCAAGGGUGUGAAAUUAGUGUCGAUCGGCGCAGAAGGUACAUUAAUUAUCAUUAUUUGUAUACUGUGAAUAUUUUAAAACAAAAAUCUAACAUUUUUUUAAAAAUAUGCCACUGAACGAUUUUAAAAUAAAAAUGAUUAUCUAUACAAAAUUAGGUGCUAGUCUUCUUAGUGGGAUAACUAGAAAAUUAUAACCAUUAAAAUUCAAAAAUCCCGGUGGAACUUAAAAUGACCCAUUACAGACUUGGAAAAAAAAAGAAAGAUGAAAAUGGAAUAGUAGGUACUCAUUAUGUCACUUAUAUCAUGGUCCUCCCCAUUUUUGUUUGUUUUAUUAACUACAGUUAAUAUUGUUAAUAAAAAACAGUUUUAUUUACGUUAUGUUUAUUGCAAAAAUAUUAUAUAAUUUUCCAUUGGAACGUUUAUUUAAAUAUUAGAGAUCGUCGACGGAAAUUUAAAAAUGACUUUGGGAAUGAUCUGGACCAUCAUCUUGAGAUUCGCCAUCCAAGACAUAUCUGUGGAGGAGAUGACCGCCAAAGAAGGUUUGUUACUGUGGUGUCAACGCAAGACAGCCCCUUACAAGAACGUGAACGUGCAAAACUUCCAUCUCAGGUACAUAAUAACACUACCUACUGUGGUUAUACUUCAUGUCACCGCCUCCAUCGUCCCGAGAUUUGCCCGUUAUCGGUUUUUUUUUUCAUCCACAGUUUCAAAGACGGUCUGGCCUUCUGUGCCCUCAUUCAUCGUCACCGUCCCGAUCUCAUCGACUAUCACAAACUAUCCAAGGACAACCCAUUGCAGAACCUGAACACUGCGUUCGACGUGGCUGAAAAGUACUUGGAUAUACCCCGCAUGUUGGACCCCGAAGGUGCGUUCUAUUAUUGCUAUAUAUGAUUUAAUCGCGGUAAAAACAUAAUGCACGUCCCGUCUCCCCGCAAUAUUAUGUCGUACCUAUAUCACAAACAUUGUUUUAUACUUUUUUUUUUAUCGUCCAGGAACCUUUUUUUAUUAUAUCUUUUGUCUUUACUCUGUUAUCACACAAAUUGUGUCAGCUACUUUUAUUCUGGCCUUCCACAUCCCAUGUGAACUUAUAUUACUCCUUUAACCUCGUAGUCUUUUUUUUUUUUUUGGCCUGUCUCUUUCAGUGCUUGCUAAUCUUCUCGACUAUCUUAUCGUUUCAAUUUAUCAAGAGAAGACAUGUCAUUUUAAUCUAUUUUCUCCAGUUUACCUCGCCAUAUCCGUCACUUCUAUUCAUUCCUAAUCCUAUCCGACCCGAUCACACCAUACAUCCAUCAUUUUAAAGUUCUCAAUCUGUUACUUUCAUUUAUUUUAUCUUUUGCCUCAGACCCGUACAUUAUCGCUGACCUCAAAACAGUUUUAUUCACGAAAUUUUCCUUUUAUCGUCCGGGAAUUUAUAUACAUUUUUUAUUUUCAUUGUUGACGAUUAUAAUAUUAUUGUAGACUUGAUAAACACGCCGAAACCGGACGAACGCGCGAUCAUGACCUACGUGUCGUGUUAUUAUCACGCAUUCCAAGGCGCACAACAGGUAAAGAAUUUGCGUCUGCUCCUGAGGAUUUAUCUCGUUUUUUUAAAUUUUUUUUUUACUUUUUUGUGUCCUGUGCGUGGUGUUAAACCGAACACUAACUAGCUCUUAAUAAAAUAGUUUUCUAAUUUUUUUUUUUUUUUUUGUAGUUGGUUUAAUAUUUCUCUGUGGUUGUUCGCAUUGACGUAUAUCUAAUCUAUAGAAUCUAUAAUAUUUUAGAAUGAAAAAAAAAGCUUUUGAAUUUUACCUGUCUCCCAAAUCGCUCAUUUAAAAAAAAAAGAUAUCUAUUCGAACCUAUUUUUUUAACUCACAUAAUACAUCCUAUAUUUCUUAUUUUUAAACGUUACCAAAUACUACUCAACCGAUAUGUAUAGAUGCGUGGAUCUAGAAGUAUUAACCAAGUACGCUGCAGUUAUACAUUUUUUUUUCCAAAAGCACACAAAAUGUUUUAUUUUACAAAUUAUUUUUUAUUGAUCAAUCAGACAAUUAAUUAUUACAAUCAAUUGAUCUUAAACGUAAACUUAAGACCCUACCAUUGUGCUUCUGCACAGGGUUAGUUUUCAAAUUAGUGACCAUUCGUGAAUUUUACCAUGUAUUUUUUUAGUAUGUCGAGCCUUCAUAAACACAAGCAAUGACGAUUGCUUGGACGGUAUGUAUAGUCCAAAUUUAAAAAAACAAAAUCUUUUUACAUGUAUUUAAUUAAAUAAAUUAAAACUUAAUACAAAUUUAUUUGUACUAUGUUUAAAUGUUUUGGCAGUUUCGAAUCUUAAUAUUUUAUAGAAAAUUAAUAAAAUAUAAUAAUGAUUUUUAUCGUGGGAAUAGAAUUGAGGAGUGCUAUAAUAGUAUCGAUCUAAACGGUGCUAAGCAUCUAUAACGCUGCUGCUAAUAUGCCAAUGACGAUUCAAUACUCGGAAAAAUAAAUACUUUAUUAUUCCAUAUUAUAAACGUAUUCCCAAUUGUGUGAACCCAUAAAAUAAUAUUAUGCGCACAACGGCGUGUGUAUAAUUAAGUCCGAUAUUAAUAAAAACAAAAAUGUAACUAAUUAUUGAAAUUUUGAUUGCUUUUGAGUGAACCUAACAUAAAUGCAUGUUUGUUAUAACAUUUGAUAGAUAUGACCAAUACGGCAAUGCCAGACGAAAGGGCCAUAAUGACUUACGUCUCGUCGUAUUACCAUUGCUUUUCUGGAGCCCAGAAGGUAAUAAUAAUUGUGCCUUUACUUAAAGCUUUUUGUCACUAACUUUUAAACCAACAAAAGUUCAAGUUGUAUUAUGACUUUUAAAUGUAUGUAGGCCGAGACUGCCGCCAAUCGAAUUUGCAAGGUACUGAAGGUGAAUCAAGAAAACGAACGUUUAAUGGAAGAAUACGAGCGUUUGGCCAGUGAUGUAAGCAUUAUCAUUUUAUUAAAUAUAUCGAUUUGAGUUCCUGAGAGUUACAUGUAUUUUAUAUGUGUGAUUUCCGUAAAGCUUUUGGAAUGGAUCAGGCGUACAUUGCCGUGGCUCCAGAGCCGACAAGCCGAUAACUCUUUGUCCGGUGUACAAAAGAGACUGGAAGAAUACCGCACAUAUAGACGUAAGCACAAGCCUCCCCGCGUAGAGCAGAAAGCUAAACUCGAAACAAACUUCAACACGCUUCAGACAAAAUUGCGUUUAUCUAACAGGCCUGCUUAUAUGCCGACCGAAGGAAAAAUGGUUUCCGUGAGUAAAAUUACACCUUAAUAAUUAGUUUUGUUUUUCAAAGAAAUAUUAUUGUUUUAUCAACUGUCAUCAUUAUAUUGUUAAUUUCUAGGAUAUUGCAAACGCAUGGAAAGGUCUCGAACAAUCGGAAAAAUCGUUUGAAGAUUGGUUGUUAUCCGAAAUGAUGAGAUUAGAACGUUUGGAACAUUUGGCACAGAAAUUCAAGGCCAAGGCAGACACUCACGAAGACUGGACACAUGGCAAAGAAGAAAUGUUGCAGAGUUCAGACUUCAGGCAAUGUAAACUAAACGAUCUGAAGGCUUUGAAAAAGAAGCAUGAAGCAUUCGAGAGCGACCUGGCCGCACACCAAGAUAGAGUUGAGCAAAUCGCAGCUAUUGCGCAUGAACUAAAGUAAAUUAUUAACUAUUAUUUUCAACAAUCAAAAAUACAAUAUUAAAGUCAUAUUUUAUAAUAUUGUUUUCAGUUCUUUAGAAUAUCAUGAUAGCACAAGCGUAAACAUUCGUUGUCAACGUAUCUGUGAUCAAUGGGACAGAUUGGGUAGCUUGACACAAAAACGCCGUACCGAUUUAGAUGAUGCUGAAAAGAUUUUGGAAAAAAUUGAUAUAUUGCACUUGGAGUUUGCUAAAAGAGCAGCAGUAAGUGUCAUCAAACAAUCAAACUUUGUCGUAAUUUUUUAAUAUUUUCAUAUUUUUGUUUUUGUUUUGAUAAAUGUCAGCCUUUCAACAACUGGUUGGACGGUACUCGUGAAGAUCUUGUGGACAUGUUUAUUGUUCACACCGUUGAGGAAAUCCAAGGAUUAAUCGAUGCUCAUGGGCAAUUCAAGGCUACAUUGUCGGACGCUGACAAAGAGUACAAUUCUAUCAUUGGUCUAGUCAAAGAUGUUGAGGCGACUGUACAAAAAUACCAAAUACCCGGAGGUCUUCAGAAUCCGUACACUACUUUAACUUCUAAUGUACAUAAUAAAAUAUUUUUAUACAUUUCAUUAUUAUUAUUAUUUUAUUUUGUUAACAUAAAAUUGUUGGUGUACUUAGGAUUUAAGUAAAAAAUGGUCAGAAGUGAAACAUUUAGUGCCUCAAAGAGACACGACCCUUCAAGCCGAACUCAGAAAACAACAAAGUAAAUAAUUAUUACUGUAGUAUCUAUAAAGAGUAUUAUUAAAACUUUUUUGUUUUUAUUUAUUUAUUUUUUUUUUUCAGACAAUGAGAUGCUACGUCGUCAAUUUGCGGAGAAAGCAAAUCAAGUGGGUCCGUGGAUCGAGAGGCAAAUGGAUGCCAUUACUGCCAUUGGUAUGGGAUUGCAAGGUUCUCUAGAAGAUCAACUACAUCAACUGAAGCUUUACGAACAGAACGUGUUUGCAUACAAACCUCACAUCGAAGAAUUGGAGAAAAUCCACCAAGCUGUACAAGAGGGUAUGAUUUUCGAAAACAGGUACAAUCAAGAAAAUAUUGGUAUUUUAUUAAAACAUCUGCAGCUUUACUUUAACCAAUUGUUUGUUCUUCUUUGUAUAGGUACACUCAAUACACAAUGGAGACACUACGUGUUGGUUGGGAACAGCUCUUAACAUCUAUUAACCGUAACGUAAACGAAGUGGAAAAUCAAAUACUGACCAGAGACUCCAAGGGUAUCACCCAAGAACAGUUGAAUGAAUUCAGGGCCAGUUUCAAUCAUUUUGACAAGAACCGUACAGGUAGAUUAGCCCCAGAAGAGUUCAAAUCAUGCUUAGUGUCUAUUGGCUACAGCAUCGGAAAGGACAGACAAGUAAAUUUAUUUGUUAUCUAAUAAUAUUAAAAUAAUAUGUCCAGUUUAAUAAUAACAUGUAUCUGUAUAAUAUUUACAUAGGGUGAAAUUGAUUUCCAACGUAUCUUGGCAGUUGUCGAUCCUAACAGUACUGGAUAUGUACACUUUGAUGCUUUCUUGGACUUUAUGACUCGGGAAUCAACUGACACUGACACUGCAGAACAAGUGAUUGAUUCAUUCCGUAUUCUUGCAGGCGACAAAGUAAACAAAAUAAAACUACUUUUUGUACAAAAUUUGAUUUUCAUAUUGUAUUUUUUAUUUCAUUAUAGCCGUAUAUCCUGUCUGACGAGCUGAGACGAGAACUUCCACCAGACCAGGCAGAAUACUGUAUACAACGUAUGGCUCCUUAUAAAGGGGUUAACGCUGUACCUGGAGCUUUAGACUAUAUGUCGUUUUCAACCGCCUUGUAUGGCGAAUCGGAUCUGUAAAUCAAUAUCCCAAUCAAUAUUAAAUAAAUAAUAAUAAUAUUUAAAUACACGUUAAAACAAAAAUAAUACAAAGGAUUAUUAACAACUAGAUUUAUAAAUUAUUAUCGUAAUGAACGAAGAGUAAAAUCGAGUUUCACAAAAUAAUUCUUUUAUCGAAUCGUCUACUAGUCACACAUGAUAUUUUCACAUUUUAUCCGCGCGUGUCUCAAUAAUAACAAAUAAAACGAAAAUCAAUUAUUAUAUUAUUGCUUGCCAAUCUUCCUUCUUGCCCUCUCUUCCAAACUAAAAAAUUUCAAAAAUACUCUUUUCCCAAUACGUAUUAUUUUUCAAGAGUAUUUUAAUUUUCUUAGAUUUAGAUAAAAUAUUUAUUAUAGGCUUAUUUUAAACUUUAUUUUUUUUGCCUAGACUUUUUUCUAAUAAUUUAAUUGAAAAAUAAAUCAGUUUUUUUAUGUUUUAUUUAUUUAUUUAUUUAUUGCCCUUAGAACAAUUUAACAUUUUGACUAAUAUAAAAAAUAAACCUUUACACAUAUCCACAGGACCAAAAACAUCACCGAUAUAGUAUAUAAUAUUAUUAAUUUAUUCAACCCAUCGUGGUGUUGUAUUUCAAAGUUUUGCAAAAUGAUUAUAUUAUAUUAAAUUUUUUUUUUUUUGUCAUAAGCGAUUACCAAAAAAGAAACAUUAUAUUAUUGCUCAACAAACAUUUAUUUUUGUACAAUAAUUUAUUGUUUUAACAAGAGUUUAAUAUUUUUUUUAACUAAAAUUUGUCUAUAUGCAGACAUUUUUAGCUUUCACUUUACAAUGAUAACAAUAUUAUUAUGUAAUUCAGGUUACAUUCAGUCAAUUGUUUUAUUUUCCUCUCAAUUUCUCUUACUUUACCAUCGGUUUACCGUGCAAACAAUGCGUUUUCAUAUUAUUUAUUCUUAUUGUAUAGUAUGUAUUUUAUUUUUAGUUAUUAUUAUUAUUAUUUUAUUAUACGUAUGAUUAUUAUUACUGUGCGCGGAAAAUCAUAAUUUUUUUUUUUGUUCAACUAAACUGUAUGUAUUUGAGAUGCCAUAAUAAGAGGAGUGAUAUUCCCCUUCCCCAUUUCCUAGACUAAAAAAUAAAAAAUUGUAAGUCUAACAACACCACGACCAAUGAUCGGUAACCAUUGUCUCAUUCGUUGUUCAUCCCGGUCAUUAAAAAAAAAAAUAACAAAUAAUAAUAGUGUUUUUACAACGUGUUUUAUUAAUUCAUUUAUAAAUUCUCAUGUGAAAUCUACAAACAAAUAUAUGUAUUUCCAGUUAAAUAAUGUACUUUGAAGGUGUAUUUACAUAAAAUAUUUGGGAAAAACCCACACAAAAUUAGUGUAUUUAUUUGAAAUAUACAUACCCGUUGUUGUAUUGUGAAU